GCUUUCAUACUUAGGAAACCACCUGGGCGUUAUCUCUGAACCCGUUCAAUCGAUAACCAAAUCAGACACUAUCUCUCCACUCGGUCAGACCCUCUGUCCAGGGUGGUUAUUUCCACUCAGCCUGUGAGUCUGACUUCAGCAGUACAGAGGAAAUCAUAGACCGGGGGUUAAUCUGAAUAAAAGGGGUCAAUGAGUGCAAAUUAAGGAGGAAGUUGAGGGUGUGUAAUGGGUUAACGGCGGAAGGCCUCGCCUCACCUUUAGUGCGCGUCACUUAGCUCUGUAAAGUGGUCCCACCAUCCCUGCAUCCAGAGCCACAAGAGGAGAGAGGAUAUCACCGCUUCAUUACAGCCGCCACACACGCGUUUCUCCUCGGUCUGCGUCUCAUCCUUGUGCCGGUGUCCGCCCCGCUGCUAUAUCACCUCACAUCCAGGAGACAACGGCAUCAGGAGGAAAAAAAAGAGUGAUUUACAGGCACCAUGAAGGACCGGAUGCAAGAACUUCGACAUGUAAGUUACUGUUUGAUUGUUUUCCACCUGUUUGACGCGUUAUGGACGGUGGUUAGUUUCUGCAGAGACAUUGACAGAGCGCACGGAGCCACAGAGCUGGGUGCGCGGAUGGAGCAACAGUUGGGACUCGGGGGUCUGAUGGAGGCUGAAUUUUGUCAUUUAUUAAAGGUUACAGGCGCGCACUGCUGUGAAGCCCCAGCAUGGGUCUUAUACAGGAAAACUCGAUUCUAGAUGUCUGACCAGAGAAAAAAGUCUUCAAUUCACUCUUUGAUACAUCUUAACCCUAUAAUCAAAACGUGUAUUUUAACAUUAAAACACACUACAAUAAAAUAAGUUAUCUAGACAGGGUCACAAAUCCUCAAGUUAAUUUAUGAGUACUUUAAAAAGUGGAAAGAGCCGGAUGAUGUAAGAGGUGCAAAAAUAUGCUGCCGGUAUGUGUGCGCUCAUCCAUCUGGCCACUUGCAUGUGUGUGUGUGACUUAAAAAGAUAAUUGAUCUUAACUUGCCCAUUACACCUGUUAUAUUUCUGUCCAUCAGCAUGACAUAGAUAGUCCUAUUGAUAAAGCCUGUCACCACCAACACUAAGCCCUUUUUUCUAAAGCAAGAUAUUCCUCAGUUUAGAGGACUGUGUGCAUGUGUGUAACCAGAUGGGAGUUGAUUAUGUCAUAAAACUACCAGGGUUGUCAAUCACCACAUCUUUUCCCUCCACCUACAUCCUUUAGUCACCAAAAUAAGACCUUAAAAUGUCAAGAUUACAUAUUUUGUACAUCUCAAUAAUUGCCCCAUACCUCUACAGCCAAUUUCACAUGAGUAAUUAUUGUUGCAUGAUGUCCUUUAAUGAUGCAUUUUGGAGGUAAAGUAGAAAUAAGAGGAUGUCUAAUUUGAUAGAUUGCAAUGAUAUAUUUGUGUGUGUGAAAGAGAGAUGUUUGUCCGAUCUGGGUAAUUGGUAGUUAAGUCAAGGAAAGAGAGGAGAAACAAUUUAUGACUCCUCAGUUUUCAGUGGAGAUCGAGCUGUGAAUUAGCCUCAAGGGAGACAACAGCUCUGCCAAGUGUGUGUGGGUUUGUGUGUUUGUGUGCUCGGAGAGGCGUGUCCCCAGCCUGCCAUGCUGCCUCCUCCAGUGCUGAGAGGAUGCAGUUGCACAGAGAGAAGAGAGACAGAGGCAGAAAAAAUUGCUUAAAUCUCCGUCCCCAGCUCAGCUGAAGAACCUCGCCCAAUAUUCAGACAAACCGUUCAGGGUCAACAGAAAUCAUCUGUCAGCUGCAGACUCUAUUUCCUCUCAUUAUUUUUGAUCAAAUCUUUAAUGUCUGAGGAAUGGCUCCUAGAGUGGCUCCAGACAGACCAAUUUCAGCCAAUCCCCACCAAAUAAAAUGGAAGUAAAUUGAAAGUCACAGACUGUUAUUUCCCAUCAGCACCGGAUUAAUAUUGUUUUCCAUUUACAGCCUCCUGUUAAAGCAGCUUGUUGAAUGACAUGGAGAUGUCUCAGUGGGUUUGAAAAGGACAUUACAACGGCACAGAGCUGUGGAGACAGAUGUUUUGAGAUUAAGAGACAGUACCAAAAGGUGAACUUAAAGACUAGAGACCGCUUGUAGAAAUCCAAGAACAUUGCAGAAAUAUCCUCCAUCUCUUUUUAUUAACUUUGCGAAAUAAUUGCUUGAUAUAUUUACAUAAAUCAGUUCUGCAGUGACUAAAACAUUUUCAGCUCUGGCUCUAUUUGUAUUUCUAGAUAUUAUUAUUCAUUUUGCGAUGGUUUUGCUCAGUUUGUGAUAUUGAAUCCACCUUAUAAAGUGCACUACGUGAUUCGAUUAAAACACCCAACACCAGCCUGUGAAAGUAAUCAAACCACACUCUCUGCUUUUCUAUAUGUGGCGUUUCAGGUCAUUUGAUUGACAGUCAGGAUUGGCAAUAAGAGCAUCACUGUGGAGUCAUCUUGAACUCUCCACCCUCUGCCUCCCUCUUGCCGGUCUGAUCAUCUCCACAACAUUUGCUUCUAAGUUUUGAGAAAACACUUGGUGGCUAUUCUGGAUAUAUUAUGAAGCCUUUGAGCUGCAUAUUUGUUUCCUCUAAAGUUUCUCCUGUUGUUGUGAUAUUUGAUCAGAUUUGGUUCCCAGAUCUGCAGACUUAUCAUCUCGGAAGAUUUUUGUGCCCCUUGACCGUAAGAACCUUGUUGCCAGGGAAACAGCUCCAAGUAAGGGGCAUUCAAACUAAAGUCGUCUCUUGUUGUUCGCCAAAGUAAAAACAGUUCAGAGACCUUUGAGGAUUGGCGGUGGGAUAGAGAAAACUCAACAGAUAGGGAACAUUAGGGGCCCCUGGUGGAGCUGGGCUCAGGAGGAGCUGCUGCGCUGUGCUCACCCUGAUGAAUUAUUUGGGCUCUCAGAGACGAUGGAUGGAGUUUGUAAAGUUGAGUUAUAUACAGUUAAACAAGUGACUGUCUGAUGUAUUUUUAUGACUGGGCCGUAUUCUCCUCUGUCUCUCCUGAAACUGAUACGGCGCCUCGAGUUAGUGAUCUUAUGAUUUGAAAUACCAGCACGGUACCAGUGGGACUCCUUCCGGAACUCACUGGUGUCGUACUCAGGCUGUUGGAGAGGCUGGAGUGAAAACGAAAAGUGCAUGUGCAUAUGCCACAGGACAGCAGGGUACAGAAAGUUGUUAUAAGUGAAGAUCUGCCUCUAGCAGUGUUCUUCAAACCAUCUUGUGAGCUGCUCAGUUAUUUCUGUGUCUCCUUGGUAUUCUGUAAUCACUAGGUAGUUGCACAGGCCUGGUUUUAGCCGGUCAGGAAUACAGGCAGGCAGGCAGGGGUUUUAAGUGGGCAGCUUGUGCAAUAGGUUGCCUGGAGGUGACAGAAUUGGAAAGGGUUUUUUUUAAGCCCCUGAUACCCAGAAUGUAGAUGGAAUAAUAAGAGCAGGGUCUGGGGUCCUCUACCCAGGAUAUCUCUUCACCUCAUACUAAUUUCCCUUCAUUCUGAUAUGCAACAAUUUUUGAACUCACAAGUAUUACUUAAAAGCUCAACAUUGUUAAUCUGCCAACAGAACACUUUAUCGUGUUUAUCAUUAGAAGAGCAUGUAAGAGGGCAUUUUAUUGCAUUUGCUUCACUGGAAAGGGCAUCCAGAGGGCACUUCAUCAUAUACUGCAUUAUACAACUUACUAACAUCUGCAAAGGCAUCUUUUCAAAUCUUUAAAGGUGGGGUUGGCAGGAUCUGAGGAAGUGCCAGUGUUUGGGAGAAAUCUUAAAUGUAAACACUACCCCUCCCAACCAGUACCCCCCCCCCCCCCCGCUCCAGCAAGCCCCGCCCACAAACAGACGCUCCUGCUCGCUCGUAUCAUUUCAGUAAGAUAAUUACAAAUGAAGCCCAGUCAACGUGAAAGUAAAAAGCUUUGGUGCUACUGCAGAUGCCGAUAGACGACCAGCAAACACAAUGUUUGCAGGACUUCUACAACAAGGAUAAAGUGACAUAGUCCUGGACCCGAGGUAAACAGUUUAGCGGUGCAACAACACGCAGCAGGUCCCAUUUAACAAGAAACACCUCUGUUACAGACACUUGGCUAACUAUGUUAAAGCGGUUUACCUGUCCAGCAGAAAGGUUACAGGGUCCAUAAGAUCCUGAAGCUUUCCCUGCCAUUUUAUGUUGACCCGGCUUCUUAGCUCUUGUCUGGUCUACCUCCUUUUUAAGCGCCGUUAUUCUGCCAGAGUCUCCGGUAUUAAGUUUGUUUUCUUGCUUGUGUUGGCAGUCGUGGCCAAAGGAGGAUUCAGACAAUUUUCCAUACUUGUUGGUUACUACUGUCCGAUAUUGUAGCAAGCUAACUUUGUUUUUGGCUCAUGAAAUAACAUUCAGGAAGCAGCGUCUGUCUCACAACCAAUCAGCACUAAGGAGCAGUGCCCACCUCGUAGCCAAUCAGGUCAGGGAGGUGGAGAACAACUUUGUUUACUGUCAGAAAGAGCGGGCCGCUCAAAAAUUUUAAAAUGUUGACGACACAGACAUAACAGAACACAGCGAUAUGGCUAUAUUACCAAAUCAGUCAAUAGUUAUUAUCAAUAAAUAAUAACUAUUGACUGAUAUUAAAACUUUUUUGUAUAUACACCACAAAGAAAGAUGCUUCUUAAACAGAAUCCUGCCUACCCCACCUUUAACCAAGAAGAAACCAGGACGGACAGUUUGAAACCUUUUAGCUACUGCGGGAUUAGCUAAGAGGGCACCUCCAUGUCACUUUUCAGAUGUAAAGAAGGAACCCACUCCCUCUUUAGUUAAACCACCGCUGCUUCUUUUCCUUCAUUCAUUUAUUUGUACUUUCAUAUCACUGUCAUGUAAAUGUCAAGUGAUCAUUGAGGGCAUGCCCUCAUUAAAAGCAAGCUAACAGGGAAUGCCUUGAGCCUGCAGCUUUCUGUGAUUAAAUGGGGGCAAUUAAUUGAAGAAACGCUGAUUUAUAAUGGGCUGAGAACUCAUUUAUGUCUGUUGAUCCCCAAUUUGUCCUCAGUGAUAUACCCAUAUAUACAUUAGGUGAAAUAGGGGAAAUAAUGUUGCUGGGGCAUCCUUAAACACAUUAAACUGAAUAACAGGAACAUUUGAAGACGAGUGCUGCACAGAUUUCAUUACUUCCACAUAGCUGUGUGUGUUUUUAUGUCCAUGCUGCACGCUUGCUCAUCCGUGUGCUGGAGCGUCAUUUUGGCAGCAAAUUGAGUUUAGCUCAUAUCUGUGUUCGGGUGCAGGUUUCGCUCUUGCAUUGCCCAUAUGCGCGUAAAGCUAGUUUAUGAGCCGAACACCUGCUUAGACUUCUGCUCAUUAGCUUGCAGCCUCAAAACUGUCAGUCUCAAUACCCAAAAUGGUCAUACAGCCUCUCCUGUACCCUCACCUCAGCUUGUCCCAUCACUCCCAGCCAGCCAAGCGUGAUUUUACUGACAGAUGAGAUGACGCAGAUACGGAGCAUUUUUAGCCAUCUUCAAGCUCUGAAUCCUAACAGGAAACAUAAUGAUAAGGUUAUUACAGUAUUCACACACCGCGGGGGCUGUUAUCAAUCAAAUGUUUAUCUCCUCAUUUUUUCCUGACAUUUUAUCAGCUCUGUCUUUUUCCUCUGCCUCUUCUUUUUUUUCUCAUCUCAAACUCUAUUUUAACAAGCUCAUUUUUACGUUCCUCUCCUGGCUGAUGCUGUUCUUUCUUAUAUUGCUCCUCUAUUAUCAUUGAUUUAUCGGAUGCCAUUCCAACCUCCUCUGGGUUUUUUUUCUCACCUUUCCUUUUCUGCCCCCUCUUUGCUGCCUUGUUAGUCAGUGUUAACGUCUGUUCAGGCAGCUCUUUGUGUGGAUGUGUCACAGGGGUACUCGCUGUCACUGCUUGUUUGGUAUCGGAGUGACACAUUAACUAACAGGACAGACGUGGAGCACUGACCUGUGCUGUGUGUCUUUUCCUUUGUUAUUCCUAUUUGUGCUCUUUUUUCCUUACAUCACCUUCCAUCUCUCCUUUAUCCUGCUGGAUUCAAUGUCUCUAUCCCAUUUUCUUUCAUCCCUGAGCUGAUCUUGACUGUUGACACUUCCUCUGUGACACUAACAACAGGAGGAAAAAAGGCCAAAGCAGCUUCCCGGCUGAGUGAUGGUCUAACUCUCUCUAACUGAUGGUUCACAAAUGCUUUUUUGUAUAUACACUUCCUUAUUACACCCAUCAAUAAUCCUUCAUUACACCUGCAACAAAGCCUUUAAGAAGCCUUUGUUUCACCACUGAAUCUAGGGGUGUCCCGAUACAACUUCUGAUAUGAUACCGAUAUUGUAACCUUCAAUAUUGGUCGAUACCAAAAUUGAUCAGAUAUUGGCACAAACUUUUGCAUGACAAGUUUUGCACUCAGCUGCAACAAAUUUUUGCCACAUGGCCUACUCACGCCUACUCCUUGCUACUUUGUGAGUACCUCAGUACACACUGUUGUUGUGAUAACGUUGGCUCUGCAUGCUGGAUCUGGGUGCUGCUAGAUAGAGGUGCUGGAGCGGAGUCUGGAAUGGACUGCUUGUAUCAGAGUGCUGAUUUCGUAGGGUGACCAUAUUCUGAAUCCCCAAAAAGAGGACAUGACUACGAGGGGGCGGAGUCACAGAGUCGCGCGUUGUUAAUAUUGAUAGUUUUUCAGGGCGGGUUGAGUGUUUUUUACACGCCUCUAACUCAGUAACAAACUCAAGACUUCCAUACAAAACCCCUGACAUUUAAAAGAUUUUAUGAAUUUCCCCAGACAAGGCCAGACAGCUCCCAAAAAAGAGGACAUGUCUGGGUAAAAGGGGAUGUAUGGUCACCCUAGAUUUCUGAGAUUUUAGAUGGAGGCAAAGAUAAUCCGAUAUUCAGUUUUAGUUUUAGUUUUUUUUUUUUUUUUUGCUGAUAUCGAACCAAUAUCCAAUAUCAAUAACUGAUCAGGACAUCCCUAAUUGAAACCUUUAAGCCUUUUUCACUCCUGUGUUGAAGCCCCUGUUAAACACGCAAUGAAGCCUUUACUACACCUGCAGUUAAGCUUUUGUUUAGCCUUUAUUACACUCAUAAUCAAGCCCUGAUCAUAACUUUGUCAUACAUGCAAUGAAGCCUUAAAUAACUAAAUUGAGUUAAAGUCUUCUAAAUCUAACUUUUCCAACCAAACUAAAUCAAGCUAUAUCAUGUUGAAGCUGAGCUAUUGCAACAAGUUCGCUAGAUGACAAAAACAUCCUUGUACAAAUCAACAAAAACAUUAGAGUCACCAAAAGUACUCGGAGCAGUAGUAGUUUUCUGUCUGUUUUCAAAGCUUUAAGGAGCAGUAAAGUGUUUCUUCAUUCUCCAGUAGUGUGACAAGACAGACACGUACAAAUACGGCCACACAUACACAUCAUUUAUCAACAAAUACAAGCUGCAUAAUUGCAUUAAUGAGGCUUGAAAUGAGUGUGACCGAUCUGGCAUUUCACCAGGGACUUGUUUGUCUCUGCGAAUGAGGUGACAGUUGCAUUAAUAACCGUGGGCCGCUAAUAGGUAUUUUUGAAAUGUGUGAAUAGAUAGUCCAUUGAAUUGCUGUGCACUGCUUUGUCCUUAUGCACACCAGAUGAGUAAGACCUAAUUUCCCCUUUUUAAAUGCUGCCUUAAAUCACAGUAAUAUAACGGGUGUAUGUGGUUACACGCCCUCUCCUCCAGCAGCUCCUGAGAUAUGAGCUGAUGAAGAUACUAAAAUAAAUCACAAUAGUUCUGUAAUCAAACGUUCUUCCUUUGGUGUGGAGAAUUAGCCUUGUGUCAUCUUUGUUUCAGUCUCUAAAUGGAUUUUUUAAUUUGCCACAUCAUCUUAGAAUAAUGGAUGGCAGCAGAUAACAUCCCUGAUCUUAGAUAAUUGUUGGAAAUGAAGGCUGAUGUGAACCCUCAUUGACCUCAUUAGUCCUCAAGUAACUCUGUGUGUCUUUGUUAAGGAAGAAUAGUUUAUAAUAAUUACAGUAAUAAUUUGAUUAUUCUUGCCAUGAUGACACUGAGCAGGCACUAUUCAUCGCCAAGCCAACAAGGAUAUCUCACUGUGAUAUCUAUAAACCCUGCUCUUAUUUGACGUACUGGGUAACAGCUGCCAAUGCUAACUUAAACCAUCACCAGCUAGACCACCUGGUGAUCUAGAGCUGAUGGUUAUCUUCACUCGAUUACCAAUUUUAGCCUAAUUCAUGAGGAAAAUUUAUCCUUACAUGCUAAUUUGUUGAGUUAAAGGGAUAUUACGGUGUAAAAUCAAGCUAGGGUCAAACACACCCCGUCAAGAGAUGAAUGUUGCAGACCGCUUGCUUCUCUAGUUAUACCAACUUUAGUAACAACCCCACAACAGCAAGACAUAGUGGUCUCAGGAGCCACACACAAACCUCAACCAAAACGCCACUCUAUAGCCACAAAUAAUGCUCAGAACAGCACCUAACUUCAUCAACAGUACAUAUAGGGUCCUAGCCACAGCACUAGCCAACAAACAUCUUUUUAGCUUUGCCUAAUUUCUUUAGCAAAGAGACUAAACACAACUCACCUACUCUCUUCCAGCAGCCGCUUGUAUAUAGGGAGAGCUCGGACGAGUUCAUCACCGACUAGCGGGGUGACAUAGCUCAAGGAAGAACAUUUAUGAUCAUUUCUUUAUAAUUUCCUUGAAGUAAUAAUCAUCAUAUUAAUCAUUUUGCACUGCAAACUGCAAAGACCUCAUAUCAAUUUGGAAAAACUUGUUAAGAAAUAAAUGUGUGGUUCAUUUGUUCAUGAGAAGAUCCUCAGGUCAUGUCAGGAUGCACAAAUAUCUGUAAACCCAGUGAGAUUCUGCCUCCUGAUAUUUUUCUUGCCUUCUCGCUGCUCUUCUUGCCUGCAGCUCCUUCAUCUCUCCCUCCUGCUGCCAUGAUAAUUUCUCGACACUCCCUCCCAGCUCUCGACAUCCUUCUCACUUUCUGUUACUGUUUGCCCAUAUCUUCAAUAUAAUUGUGUUAGUAGCGCAUUGGUGCUGUCACAAUCUUUCAUGGUCAGCGAGUUAUGGACUGAGGCACUCUGAAUAGUCGAGGGAGAAGGAGUGAGGGAAAAGAAAGCCAUGGCAUAAGUGUUGACAGCACAUCUCUUUUCCCCGCCUGCAAUCUAUCAUCUAAGUUCAAUUGGUACGUUAUGACUUUUUCUCCAAUGCCGCUCUCACUGGCUGACCACCUGCAGCUUGUGCAUUAUUCCUCCAGGAUGUUACUCUUGCAUAGACACGUCCUGAAACUUUUUCCUCCUUUAUACACAAAUACAUUAGUUUGCAGAGUUGCAAAGUACUGUCCUGAUAACAUCACAAGCCGCCUUACAAAAGUGAACAGCUGUGUAAACCCACCAUGGAUAAGAAAUUACUAUUAAAACUGUAUUUCCUGGCUCAGGGAGUAAACAACAGAGUAAUCGUUUUAUAUCAUGAAUUAAACAGACAAUCCUAACAAAGUUUAUGUGUCUGAAUUGUGUCCCCUUGCAGAUUAGAUCAAAAAACAUUGAAAAGCUUUUAUCUUGUAACUAUCAGACCUUCUUCUGAUUACACCACAAACCAAAACAGUCGACAAACAAGUUACCCACUGAGCAAUAGACGGCUAUUAGACAUCUAGUUUUUUUUAGACCUAAUUUCAACCGUCUAGAUUCUGUAUAUUGUUAGACUGAAUUUAGACGUUGCACUUCGAUAACUAUGUAUUUCAAAAAGCAACUGUGAGUUGCAUAACUGAUCUCCAAGUACUUAACCAAAAUAAUUAUGAUAGCUGUUGAGUAAUAUACAGAGUAGUAUAGAUAUAGCCCAGAUUUAGACUUGGUCUAAACUUGGUCUAAAUUUAGACAUUUACAAAACUUUUAUUUUUAGACCUGUGGUAGCCUUAUUUUUUAACAGACAUCUAGGUUACAUUUAGACGUCUAUUAGACCUCUUUUACACCAAAAAAUGCUCAGUGGAUAGCAAGAGGCUAAGUGGUUGUAUACUGAAUGGUUGAAAACGUGCGUGGGAUCUCUGAGGCAUGGUAAUAACUGAAGGCAGAAGACAAUGCAGUUGAUGCAUGAGGUUAAAGCCAAGCAUACUAUGCACAGAGUGUGCACAGAACGCCUAGUUAGGAAUAAGAAAAUGCCCAACUGCAUUAUUCUGGCACAAUCGUCCAAACUCCAAAUGUUCACUUUCAGACUAACAAAAGAAAUCCACUUGUUUUUUUUAAACCUACUAUGUGCAGUGUGAUUGCAAACUGGUCGACAGCCUGUUCAAUAAUCUAAUAAGUGCAUUGCUGCUGAUGACAAACUGUUAACUGUGCAACACUCUGUGCAUUAACCCUCCCGUUCAACGCUGCAAACGGCUCUUAGUGCGCAUGGGAGUUUUUUCAGCUCAUAUAGCUUAUUUUCAAAUAUGCAGCACUUACAUACUUCUCCUCUUUGUUUCUUACUUUAUUUCUAAUUCUCUUAAAAGUCCUAUAGUGUUAGUGACACAUCGUGUGACAGAGAAAAUGUAAUGACCAUAUUUCUGAUUUCUGUUUCUGAUGGAAGUGAACACUUUUACUCUUGGAUUUUAUUCAUGUAUUAGAUGCUGUGUCAAUGCAAAUGCUGACCCUACAUUUUGGCAAUACCAGAAGAAUUUCCUGCAUGAGAAAAUGUUCUAUUGAAAUCCUUAUAGAAGUCUAUUGCUAAGAAGUUAAAUGGAAGUAAAAAUGGGCUUUUUGGUCUUUAAAGUCUCGGUCAAAGAGCGGUUUUGUGGGGGUUGGCAGCUGCAGACAUUUUGAACUCCAGCAUGAAAUGGAUUAUUAUUGAUCUGUGGAAAGACUCGCUAUUAUUGCAUUACCAGUCAUUAUUUAACCUUUGAUUGUGUGGCAGUUUGUAAACUUGCAUUUAGGCAUGUUUAAAUGGCACCACUUUGAUGAAUACACAGUUAAAGGUCAGAGAGAUGUGAGGGAGGCCGAGGAUGGACAGAGAUGAAAGACAGAGAGGAAAAAGAGAGGAAGAGCAGAUGAGUGCGCGAGGAUGAUCAAAUAAAUUCAGUUAGUUGUCAUUCUGACCGUUCCCUGGCUAAAAUACAGCGGAAAAGGUUGCUGCCCUCUGGACAAGGCUGACAGACACAACACUGAAGCAUCUAAAGUCUAAGUAAGCUUAAAUGGGCGCCCACAUGGUCUUAAUGAAGAGUAGUGGGGUGGUAGAGAAAAAAGACAAAGUGAAGGCGUGAGACAAAGGUAACUGAGUCCAUGCUGUGUGGGCCAGCUGCUGCAGGGACUCUGUAAAAGGAUGCAGAGAAUGAUGGACAGGGAGAGAGAGGAAGAAAAAAGAAGAUGAUAUAAGGGGGAGGACAGUGAGGAGGACUGCAGGAAAAUAAGGAAAUUGUUGAACAUGUAAAGACUUUGACUCGAUGCUGCUUUUAGUGCUGCCACAUCUCUCCCACCCACAUUAUUCUUCAUUUUCUGUAUCUGAUGGACUCUAAUCACUAAGUCCAGGGCUGGUGUAUCUCUUCUUUUAAUAUCAACCAUUUCUGUUUUCAUCUCACUGCAAAAUGAGCUUAAAUAUUUCACCAAAAUUAAAACAGGUAUGAUGAGCCCAGCUGGUGACAGUUUGAAGGUUGUUCAGGAAAUUGGGGUCCUGGACCAUGUUUAAUAAUCUUAAGCCUUUGGAUUUGACUGAAUCGAUGUUUAUACUGACCCAUUAUGUCUAUUUUCACCAUCUUUCUCAACAGAGUUUCCGCCCUGUAUGGCUUCCAUUUUUAUCACCUUGAUUUAGGAGAAGUUACCUCAUAAAAUCGAAUUACCACAACCCGUGCAGCUGCCUUGAUCUCAUCUGCCCUUUUUAUUACUUUUCUGUCUCUACGUUCAGGCUUUGGCACAGAAAGAUGACCUCCAGUGCCUUAAAAAGAAAACGAGGCAUGAUUGUUUUUUUCGUAAUAAACGUCUCUCUCUCUCCCUCAGAACAAAUUUUAUUCGCCUUGCCUGAAAAUGUAAAUUUGCUGGUCCCAUUUUGAGGGAAUUUAGCAGGCUUAGAUUUGAUUAAUUUGGCAGCGUUUUUGUUUAGUCUCGCCCCUUUCAUCAUCUUUGUUUCCAACUGCAGACUUUUUGUUUAGCAAAAGAGAACAAACCACUGACAGACGCAGGACAUGAAACAGACAGGGAAGAAUUUAAGGCAACAAAACUGCUCAAUUUGAGCAGUGUUAGAGGUGAGAUGUCGUAGCUCCGCCCAUCUUUUGGCCAUGGAUGAUCCUGACUUUUACCUGAAACUUUUAGUCCCCAUCCACACAGAAACAAAUUCAGGAGCGAACGCUGAAGUUUUUUGUUGUAUCUGGGUUUCGGGUGAAUGUAAACAAUACUUUUUGAAAACAGGUCCCAGAGUGCAUAAACCUGUCUUCUUCUGUCUUUUGGUGCAUUCCCGUGGCAGCGUUACAGCGCCUCUUAAUGGCUUGGCAUAUGCACUACAUUGUUUCCAGAGGUUUCCUGUUUACGCAGAUAUUUCCUGAAAUGAUUCCAUCUUCACGGAAAACUCUUUCUAAACAAAACAGCAAUAUCAGGGCUUGAUGCUAACUUUUUUUCAGAAGGAACACGUGUUCUUAAGUUGAAAAAGUAAAGAGCACACAAAGAACUUUAGGGGCACAAUGAAAAUGGAUCAAAUAAUGUGUGUCUUAUUGGUCGACAUAAGUCCUAUUAUUUGAAAUCAAUUUUAGGUCUUUUGGGCACAUGACAUGGAAGCUAUUGAAGAAAAUGUUCAAAAUUUGCCUUUAGAUUUAACACAAAAAAUUUUAGGGAAAUAAAGAGGUGUGUCUCAUUGGUCGACAGAAGUACUAUUACUUGAAACUAAUUUAAGGUCAGUUGGUCACGUGACAUGAAAGCUAUUGAAGGAAACAGCCUUUUUUGAAAACAUCAACCGAUAAUUUAUUGACGGUCCCUUGUUCAACAUCCGACAUUGACAGCGAGGUUACUGAGUCGAUUUAACUACGCUGCUAUUCCUGGUUAUGGAGAGUGAGAGGACACCGGUAGACCCAAAUUGAAUGUCCGUCAGAUAUCCAACCUAGAACUAACUUCACAUGAAAAAAUGUUUGUUGCCACGACUUAUUUUUUCACGUGUGCCCCCUAAAUACAUCUUACAAUUCCUUCACAUCUAUUUUUAGUCGCAAAUGCAAGUGAAACGGUCGCACUGUCGAACCCUGAAUACAUCAUUUUCGUCUCUGUGUGGACAAGGCCUUACACAUGGACUCGCCACGGCGUCAUGCAGAACAGAUUUGGCCCUUUGCUUUCACAUAAACCCCUCUCACAGGAUGCUUUCAGGAGUGCUUCUGAGCAUGUGUGAAAGGGGCUUAAGAUAUGCAUUAGCUUGUGGACAUAGUGGAUCACUUAGCAACUGAGGAGGCAGAUAUUUCCCUCAGAAGCUGAAGGCAAACUAAAGGACAGAAAAAGAAGGUCAGAAAUGCAACUUCUGCAACAGGAUAACUCUGAUUCACUCAGUCUCAAUCAGAACAACUUUAUUAGUCUGAUGUGUUAACAAGCAGCAGAGAAAUCAGCUGAGGCGUGCUGGAAUCGAUUUUUGCUGUCUGGUUCUUUUCUUUUAAACAAGCGCCAAGACUCUUGAGAUGAUCAGUAGAAACAGAAAGCAGAGAUUUGGAUGUGCCGUUGGUCAUGAUUCCAACUUGGCAAGACAGCUGGAUUGAAUAUACUCUCUGUUGUUGCCCUGAGGGUUUGUUGUGCUGUACUCCAGGGCUUACAUUUGUGAGGACAAACAAUAUCAUCUUUGAAUUACAACUGAGUUUUUGUACAGGGGAGUCGACAGCAGGAAUGAGCUGAUCCACCAGUCCAUAUGGAGAAAUGUUCCUCAUGAAUACAUCUGCAAACAGCUCACAGUUAUUGGACGCGCUGAACCAAAGAUGGAGACUUGUUGAUCUUAUUUCCCGAUUGCUCCUGGUGCUGUUGUCAGCAGGGAGAUAUCGCAGCAUGUAAAAGGAACUGACAGAGGUUUACAUGUGGCUGGCUCAAUCUAUCUCAUCCUUGGUCCUCUUGUCACCCGCCCUGCUCUCUGGUUGUGUAAUUAUCCCGUCUUCAUGGCCUUACACACUCUUUCCUCCUCCUCUUUCAUCAGCGGCUCAUUUACUCUGACAGUCAUUCAGUCUGCCAACCAGGCGGACCGUCAGUCUGUAAGGUCGGUUUGUUGGUUUGUGGUUUUGCCUCAACUGCUGGUGACUAAUUAAUAUCAGUUAAAAUAUUCAUAAUUACUUCUUUUUAAAAUGUCAUCCUUGUCUUUUGACGCUGACACUCUGCGAACGUUGUGUGGAUUCCACGGCGACAUCUAAAUCGAGUAUAAAUUCACACUCAUAUAAUGGCACUCAACAUAAAAACAUCUGUUUAAUGCUUAAAAUAAAUGUGGAAAUCAAUUUUCUUGUGUGGUUUUAGUGCCAGCUGUUCCUGCUUAAUAUGGGCUGUAAAUUUAUCAGCCUGAAAAUGGUGACUGUCCUUGGGGUGUCAGGCCCGGCAGCGACACAACUCUGUCUAGAGUGUAAUUUUGCUGGUGAGUGUCUAUUAUUGGAAGGACUCGUCUGAGUUACGGCCAUAAAAAUAUGGACAUUUUUCUUCUGUCCGUUAGAAGCUUGACGUAACAUUUUGGUUGGUUCACACAAGCGAUGCAGCAGCUUGUCAAACAGCUACCUACUGCAUCACUUGUGCACUUUAUAAAUAUUUAUAUUUCUAUACUUUUAUUCAUCUUAUAUUUUUUGUAUCCUUAUUUUAUUGUAUUCCUCUCAGUACUUAUUCUGUGUUUUAUCUGUUCUCCUUUGAGUCGAGCGGACCUCUCAUCCAGGGUGUUUCAUUGCAUUGUUGACUUUGUUAAACAUGCACAUGACAAUUAAACAAAUCUUGAAAAGCUGAUUUGCGUUGUAUAAAUCAUAGACACUGCUGUUAUGAGAGAACAGUUCAUUGGUCAUUUUAAAGGUUUGAGCUGAGAGACUAAAUAGAUGCUCCUUCCCUGCUCCACCCACACACCAACUCCAGAUACCUGCAAGCAGGAGAAAAAACCUGACUGAGAUUCCGAGCAUGUGAAGAAGGCAGCGCCGCCAACCUCAAAUUCAGUGUUUCUCUGUGGUGCUAACUCCCGUUGGGUUUCAAAAGUCAUCUCACACCACUUCAGCUGAGUCUGUGUUAAACUGCUCUGUAUGUUCACUGGUUUCUUUCAUCUACUGACAUUUUGCUCAGAAAAUGUAAAAUCAAUAGGAAGUAAUCCAGUUCUGGCGUUAGCAGCAGCUCUACACCUGGAAACACUUAUUUCAGAAGGUCAAGUCCGGCUAGUUUCUCCUCCCCCUUUGUAGUUGACACAGCAGAUACUAUAAGUUCAGCUCCUUAUGGUUGAAAAUGUCCUCAAGGUUUGACUCGACAGGCCUCUCCCAGACAUAAUUGUUAUAUUUCAGAGCUUCAUGAGUGUUUGCACACAGCUGUACAACAAAAACUUCUACAAUUCAGGUGUUUUUGUAUCUUUGUUUUUGUCCAGUGUAGGAAAAAGGAAUAUAAAAUCAGUCAUCCAGAUCAGUGAGUGUGUAAGAGUGAGUGCACCUCCAUAAUGAAGGUUACUUUGUUGUAUUUUAAUAAUAAAUCUAAUGUGUUCUUGGUGUUUCUCUGUUCGGCUGACACAGAUUUUUAUGAGUCAUUUCCAAUGGGAGUGCAGGAAGCUGCUUGAGCUGGCUGUAAUACAAAGAUGGGUGAAACUAGUCAGUUUUAAUAUGGAAACAGAGAAAGACAAUAAGGCGCUGCCCAUGUGGGUUCCUGUCACUGCUGGAAGUGUCUGUCUCUACUUUUCUCUGGCAGAAUCAAGAAGUACGGCUGAAUUGUCACUCUUGUCUCGCCCUGGUGUCACUGCGCCCUCUGUACGAUGUCUUCUUGGGUAAUUGUUGUGUUCCCGUGUUUUUCCUCCCCAUUGUCAGCUGUGCUUUCCACAGUCUGCACAUCGAAUCACAGAAUCCAUGGAAUUUUGUCUGAAAGUGAUGAGUGAGGGCUGAUAUUGUCGGUGCUUAUACCUGGUGCAGUCAGCGGUUUGCAGCGAAGGACUUCUUGACAAGGCGUCCUUUUCAGUGUGGCUUUUUUCCAGUGGGGCUAGCAAUUUCAAAAGUACGAAUGGAGAUGAUGUUCAGAGAAUUGGUUUUAAUAAAAAUGAAACUCUGGAAGGAGAGAGAGAUUUGACCGAUAGCCAAACUAUUUCAUGAGCAGAAAAGCAACACCAUGAGGAAUAAAAUAUAAUGGCAUGAGAGUGGCAAUGGCCUGGAAUUGAAAUGAGAUUGGUUUACUUCCUAUCAGAUCAGAAUUUUAAAAUUGUUCCAGUCAAAGAAAAGAAGCACUUCUUUAUUUUCUGUAAGGAUGCCUAGCCCAGGUUCACACGUUAGAAAAUGGAAGGUCCACACGAAUGCUUUACUGGUUACAGCUUCAUCAUGCCACUAGUAUGACAAGGUAUAACCAAGGUUAGUCUGAGACUGUUCAAGUAUAUAUAGCUGUCCACAUUUCUAAACAUACUGCUGACAUUUAGUUGACCAUUAGAAAAAUCCAUGUACGGUAAGAACAAAGAACAACAUAUUUUAAGGAGCUUUAGGUGAACAUAUGGAGGGUCCAUGGUAGAAGGAAAUAACAUGGCAGAACAUAUUUUGGGGACCUGUGCGAUGUAAAAAUGUGUACAAGGUUCUUUAGUUGAGGAUGGUUGUCUAGAAAUCUAGCACUAAAGUAUCAGAGGUAUUUGAGUGACACAGCUCCACCACUCUAAAGGCUAACAUGACUGGCUAAAGAAACUCAUCCUAACGUUUUCUUUAAAGAAAAAGCUAAAUUAUGUUGUAAAACUGUCUUCCUUUGUCGAGGCCAAUAGCCCGGCUUCAGUGGUGCUCAGCUAACCAGGAUUCCUUGUGAGUAAUACAUCUAUUAAUAGUAAGGAUCUUUUACAACCUCAAUGGGCAAUAUUUCCUUUUCAUCCUAUUUCCAGUGGACAUUCAGAUGCUGUCUUGUGUCUCCAUGGAGUGGCUCCCUGCUGGCCUGAUGCCUAGAACAACUCUCUAAUCUAAUAAACACCAUAAUCAGGCCACUGCUCAUGCUGGGCACUUUCACCUGAGUGUGAGCCCCACAGGAACACGGAUAAACCAAAGGGCUGGGGUCUAAUGGGUAGACCAGCUUGUAAAGGCUUGUUCUCUGUGGGUCUGUCGUGUGUUUUCACUGUGUCAGCAGGAGUGUGCAUGCGUGUUUGCGUGUCCAUCUCAGUGCAUCUGCUGUGUGUGGACACUCAAGUCCGAUCCUGCAGAGGGAGGGAAGAGUGCAGCGUACUGCGCGCACAGCCGCAGUGUGAGCUUCAGAUCUAUGCGGGAGGUGGAGAUUAGGGAUGCACCACUCGGUCUUCUCUACUUCUGACCACUCAAACUAAAACCUCCUCCUCCUCUCUGCAGGAGAUGUAGAAUCUCUCUGUGGAGGCAGACUGCUCUGUGGGUGCUUAUUCUGUCCUCCUCCUCCUCUGCCUCCUGCUGAGGCCUCUUUUCUCUCUGCUCCUAAUAGUUCCUAAAACAAAGCUUAUUGCCAUACCAACACAAAACCAUAUUUAUAACCAUGUGGUGAGCUGUUUUGUUCCAAAAUGAGAUAUUUACCAAGAAAAAUCACACCCACGACCAAAGAGCUGGGCACCUUAGUUAAACAAUUCAAAGCUUGUUAAGUUUCACUCUCAAAUUUGUAAUCUUCAGACAAUCACUCAGAAUUUUUAAAAUGUUUUAUUCUCCGAAUACUUCUUUUUUUUUUUUCAUUCAUCAUUUGUUGCAUUGAAUGUAAUUUGACUACCCAAUCCACUAUAACUAUUUUGCUUGUCACCUUCAAAUAUCUCUCACCUGCCUUACCUAUGUAUGUUUCUUUAUCAGCUUGACUUCCAGUAAGGCUGAGUGAUAAAACAAUAAUGAUAUAUAUCAAAAAUUUAUUUUCCUCAAUAUCGAUAUAAAACGUGGUCAAUACGCUUUUCGAUAGUCCGCAUUCUGCCAUGUUUUGGUAGACUAUUUGAAGAGCCAAUGAAAUGAGGAGUUGCUCCAGGUCCGCUUCGCGCUGAACCAAUCAUGUGCAGAAUUAGAACCAAGUAGCAAACAACUGCGUAGUAGCAGGCUGCAGCUACAUGCAACCAAAGCACUUUAAUGUGAAGCCGACAGCACUGUCGGUGAAUAAAAAUAGGAAAUAAGUGCUGACCUCUGGCAGAAAUGCAGAUGAAGACUCAACCGCUAACGACAUCAUCGACCAGACUGGCACAAAAACAUCAGGGGUGUGGCGGUAUUUUGUUUUUUUUUUGAGGUACCGACAUGAAGCAGAGUAAUGUGCACUGCAAAUUAUGGCCAGUACAUGUUCUCACCAAGUUGGACAAUACCUCAGAUUUUUCUAACCAUCUGAAGCAGAGCCACACAGCAGAGCAUGCACAAUGCAAGUGGUUGCAACGCCUUACAACAAAACGUCAAAGAGACACAAAGACGUCACAGGUGCAGUAGCUUAGUGUAUUGCAAAAGACAUGCUACCAAUAAGCACUGCUAAAUUUCAUUUUUUAUAUCGUGAUAUAUAUCGAUAUCGACUGAUUUGAAAAAAAUAUAUUGUGAUAAACUUUUUCCCAUAUCACCCAGCCCUAACUUCCAGCGAUAAUAUUUGUAGAUGAAAUGAUAAACAAUAGUACAGAACAUCAAUUCGUAACCAUAAGAUAUAUCCAGAUAAAGAGACUCAGAAAAACCAUAUAUGGUUAUACCGUUAUUACCUUAUUUAAAACAGCUUUGAAGAUGAAAGGCACAAAGCCUAGCCCUACUCCAAGUAUUCACACAGAUGAUGGAUGUAUUAAGGUGCUUUGAUGGAAAUGUACAUUUGGAGUCCCUUUGAUUGAAGAACUGUUUUUCAUUGUCACGUUAUAUUGCCAUUAUAUAAGUCUGAUUACGCCAAAAUGCCAAUAAUUGUCAGAGUGAUUAAUCAGUCUAUCUCUAAUGCAUACAGCCUGUAUAUUUACCCAUAAGUCUCCCAUAUGUGUUGGUAAUUUUUUGUGCAAAAAUGAGGAUGGUGAAAACUGUGCUCCCUCGCCUCAGUGUUGAUUAGCAAAAGAAUCUCGUAACCGUCUAAUGAGGAAUUGAAUUAUUGUGACGGGGGGCAAGAUGAAUGAGGUGGAGUCACGUGAGUGUGCUGCUAAUGUAGUUUAAUGGCCGAUAUGUGAUUAAACUGAGCGCUUUCAUAAUGAAUAAGAGUCUAAACGCUGAAAAGUUUGAGAAGUUGUAACUUUUGAAGAUGAUUGCUUGCUGGAGUUCAAGAUUGAGAUGGUUUAAGCAGUCCUCGGGGAUAGAAACAGGCUUAAUUUGUUUUUAUUGCCUCCGUGUUAAUGUGUUCUUGUCAUAACUUCUGUUUCAGCUAGAAAGAUUUUUGAUACCUUAGAAAAAGAUGAUAAUUCAUUGUUGAUUAACUGAAUUGUGUCAUAUCUUGCUGGUGUAAAUAGCUGCUCGUUAAAUCAAGUGAAGAUUGUUGGUGGAUUUUGCUUUAUUAUUUUUUUCUUCUUUUAGUCUUUGUGCAUAGCUAAGCUAACCCGGUGAUCUAUUAAUUGUUGUGUGUGAUGUAUGUGUUUGCAGGCUGUCAGAUCUGUGUGAAAGUAAAGGUUUCUUCUGCCGUAGUGCCUAAUUCAGUAAUGACUUGAUAAUCACUCAACCUGUGGUUCUAAUUACAAGUGUGGCGAAGUGCUCCUUGUUUCUAAUCAGUUGAUAGGUGGAGUGGUGGGUUGAGUGUUAAUAUUGUUCUGUUUAACCUUGAAUUAUACAUGGCCCAGUCAUGACCACUUUUAUUGCAGAGCAUGUCUUUCAUUGACGUCUUUUUAAUAAUGUAUAACCGCAGUGAUCAUGUUCAUGAAUCGUCUAAUAGAUGUUUCCUCAUGGUUUGUGUGUUUGUGCAGGGGAAGGAGACGACAGAGGAGGAGGAUGAAGUCGCCGUGGGGAUGGAUAAGGGCUUCAUGGAUGAAUUCUUUGAACAGGUUUGUUUCUCACACAAGUCAUCUAUAUUUUAUUUCCUUGUUUGUUUGUUUGGAACGACUACUUUUCACUUUUUGGUGAAAACUAAGACAGCCUUAUUUGCACAGGAGAUAAACAUGCCAGUUUCUCCUUUUCAUACUUGUUGUUUAAGAACAUGGCGGCGUUUUAAUUUUCCAGCAAAGGCACCCGUCCAGAGUCAAAGAGUUUUAAAGAAACACUACUCAAUUUUACUGCGAUAUUACUCCUACAAAAGUAUGUUUUCUUACAUGUAAACAGUUAAAUAUAUCAGAGCUGAUGCCAGAAACUCGGCAGUGUGAGUUGGCCUACAGUGAAUUUGCUGUGUGGGUUUAGGAUAAUUACUUGCCAUCUUGGAUAAAAAUCCUGCUUGUUUGCUGGACUACAGUGAGCCUCGGUGUCACUCGUCCCUUAAUAUGGAAUGCAAUAGUGUUGGUUUUUCACUGUGCUGUAAUCAAUCUCUUGCCAUUUCUCUUCCCCUGGGGAGCAGUGAUGUGAUUUAUAGCUAUUGAUGUUGUUGCUGGGGUGGCAUGGAUGGGUGUGUAUUCUAUUUUAUUUCCUUUUUAUGGCCUUUAUUGAUUCAACAACAAAAUAUUGCUCUUUUUGUCCAGCUCUGGAUUACAACUGUGUAGUUUUCAAUUAUUUUUUAUAUUCUCUUUCAUUCUCUCUCAGACAGAGUCAGGGGAAUAUCAUUUGUGGCCCUCUUCAUAAAUCUCCCCCAAUGAAAAGUUCACCUGUUAAAAGCAGAAUAACUCAGAUCAGAUGUGUUACCAGACAGUUCUUCCAGAUUUGAAACGCCUAGAUAUACAGUUCAUACCCAAUGGCUUUAACUUUGAAGUGUUUCCAUCCCCAUCACAAAUGCUGCUACAAAGACAGGUUGUGUGGGGUUGAAUGCCAUUUACCAGCCUUUGUGGAAAAUGAAAGAGCUCUGACAAUCAGUACUUUGAUAUGAGUUCCCAAAGCAACAUGAGACUGCACAAACACAUGACCAAAGAGGCGAAAUUGUCUGUGACGGAGCCGCAGGUGCACUAAUCAAAAACCCUUUGUUAGUAUUUAAUUUGGGAGUGUUUUAACAGUUAUUAAACAAUAUGAAAAAUCAUGCACAGAUUUUUUUCAACAGGGAGAAGCAGUUCUUAUGUGUUAUUUCCAGCAGGGGUGUAAUGAACAUGCUGUAUAUAACUCAGGAUCUUGACCAUAACUGCUAAAGUUAUAUAAAGUUAGAGAUAGGAACAAAGUCAUAUGUGCAUAGAAGUAAAUUUUAGAAUGCAACAUGAGCAGAUUUGGUGCCCAGCAUCACUCCUGUACAGCUAUCACCACUGCCUGCUUCCCUCCACUACCCCUCCUACCACAUCCUCCUACAUUAACAUUUCCAUUUCGGUAACACUUAACUUGACGCCUGUCUCUAUAACGCAUUAAAAAUAUAUCUAUAAUACGUUAUAAUCACAUUAUAGACUGUAUAACUGUAGUUAUAAACGCUCAUCAAUGAUCAUAAUGCUUUAUAGCAAUAAUCAUAACACAUUAUAAAGCAUUUUAUCAUGACUUACGAGGUCAGGUAUUAUAAUGUGUUUUGUUUAUUGUUAUAAAGCCUUGUGAUAAUUAAUGAGUGUUUAUAAUGAUAGUUAUACAAGAUUAUAAGCAAAUUAUAACACAUCAUAAAUAUAUAUGUAUAAUGCAUUAUCUAUGUGGGCAUAGACAGUGAGUUGUUAACAGUUAUAAUAUAUUAUAAUAUCUGACCUUGUAAGUCAUGAUAAGAUGCUUUAUAAUGUGUUAUGAUUAUUGCUAUAAAGCAUUAUGAUCAUUUUUGAGUGUUUAUAACUAUAGUUAUACAGUGCUGUAAUGUGAUUAUAAUGCAUUACACAUAUGUUUAUAAUACGUUAUAGAGAUACCUUGAUUUACUAUUCAGUCAGGGUCUGUGUAAAUUUGAAGUAUUGUGUACUUCCCAUGUUGACAGUUGUUUAUGAAAGCCAAAGAAACAUUUCCUCUAUAUGAGGUGUUUUUUAUUUAAACUCUGGAUCCCCAAAGAAGCUUCAAAUUCAUAAUCCACUAUCCCAAUAAAAUCAAUAUACAAUUUUCAAACUGCAUCCUAUUUAUGAGGUCAUCCUUCUAAUGUCAACUGUAUGUACUUUUUAAUGGGAAUGGAUAUUGAUACUGAUACGAAUGCCUAGGCUUUCAGCAUCACCAAUUCCAAUAUCAGUCCAAUACAAGCGUUAAAUUAUAACCUCACUUUGAAUCAUUUUUGCGACUUGGUCAAACGAAAUGAUAAAAAAAUAAAUACACCUUAAAAGCAGCCUCAGACAGAAUAUAACGAUGAUUAUUCAUUAAUCAAGCAUUUCAUUGAUUGCAGCUAAAAUUUAGUCACUGGCAUGUAUGAUUUGUAAUCUUUGUGGCUUGCAGCUCUGCUCUCGGCAUCAUGCAACUCGUAUCCAACUCUGAUGACAAGAUACACAAGUGAGCUGAUGACACAUGGCGUAGUACAUGCAUGUCCUUGAUGUGAUCACAGGAUAGCAUAGACUUGAAUCAAACAGAUCAGCCCCUAUAUGGACUCAGUUUCACUAAUGUCUAUUCUAGCUGUUUGACUGAAAACUGGAUCUAUUUUUGAUGUCAGAGUUCAGUUGGAGCAAUUUUUGACUGUCAUUCUUAACUGGUGUGUGAAGCUUUAUUUCCAUUAUAUACCUAUGGUUUCUGCCAACAUGUAAUUGCUAAUUUUCUGCCUCUCUGACUCUCAACUUUCUGUACAUUUCAAUGUAGAAAAAAAAUGUAGACCUUCUCCACUGAGCUUGUAGCUGACAAUCCUGACUUGCGCUGCAUGGUAUGACUUCUAAGUUACACAUAAAACUGUGAUUAGGUGGUGUUAUAGCUCUGAGAGAACACGGCAGUCUGCAAAAAUUCCCCUCGCAUUUGUCUCCUCUCAUUACCGCUCUAUCAGCGCCUCAGUCUUCUGACGGGCAGUUGUUUCUAUCAGACUUUUUGAAGCGUACAUCUAUAAUCCUGGAAUUUCAGUCUAUUACAUGUGUCUAAAGUGAGAAGCUGGAGAGGGAGCAAGCAGAGACAGGAGGUAAUCAGAGAACGGUUUGAGCUGAGCGAGGGGCCGGAGGGAUGGUGAGGAAAAAUACUCUGAAAAGUGUGAAGGAGAGAAGUUAGAUGACCAGACAGAGGUAAUGGGUGAUUACAUGCAAUAAGAGCGGUGGGGGUGGGCCUGAGUGAUCACUCCUUUUUUGUCUGGCCCAGUGUAUUUUUUCUGUUUCAUUAAUCAAUGAAUUAAAGCUGAAAUAUACUGUGACAUUUGCGUUUAAACGAAUUUUUAACAUCAGAUUGACCCUGUUUCUGGUUGACAAUGAAAAGUCAGAACCAUAAAACUCCUGAGUUAUGUUUAUGCCAAAUCCCAACAUCUGUUCAAUGUCCAAGUUGUGCAUAUGAUCAGCAAAAUUGAUCACCAACGUGUCGUACCAAAACCCAAAGUGCAGCUGACAUUAAAACCCCGGGCAUACCGUAUUUUUCGCACUAGAAGGCGCACAUGAUUAUCAGGCGAACCAUCAAUGAACGCGUCUAUUUCCAUACAUAAAGCGCACCGGAUUAUAAAGCGCAUUAAGCCAAACAAAACAGUCAGAUUGAUAUUUAACUCAUUCAAUAACUCAGCGAGGCUAAGGUAGCUGCAGUGCUCCGACAAGCCAAAAGGAUUUUAAGUGCGCCUUUUAGUGCAAAAAAUACAGUAAUCAUUGUGAAAAACAGUCCUCUUGUUGUCAAACCCUAAAACCCAUCAUCAAAAUCCUGAGUUUAGAGAUUUUUAAGUCCAAAGGUAAGUUCAUGUUAACAAGAUUCCAGCUGAGUAAAGCUGGCUGACAUUUUUCAAACUGUUAAGAUGAGGUGAAGUUAUUUCUCUCAGGUCAUCAAACUAGAAAAAAAACCUCAAACUCUCAUCUGUUAUUGAGUUUCUGCAGCUUUUUCUCACUACAGGGGGACAAAGCUGUGAAAAUGUCUUAACUUCCUACUUUACCGUCCAACAGCAGGUACAAACUGACAUAGGCAACACAUUUCCUCACUCUGUGUCUGUUUAUGUGAUAGAAAAUCCACCAAAUUGGUAAAAGUGUCUGCAUGUGCACACUUGCAAGCAUCUGAAAUAGUGGAGCCAAGCAGAGGCAUUAACUUUAGACUGUUGUGCUGUGAGAUUGAGGAACUGAUGCUCGUGGUUGUUUUAUAUAUUUAUAUAUAUAAGUCCUGUCCUAUAAAUUAAGCUUAAAUGUUAAGUUUCCUUUAAAAACCCUAAACCCUACAAUAUUUUAAUUUUCCAUUUGUUUCCUUAAAGCUUUGUUGUGCAGAAAAGUUACAGCAUACACCUGAUACCACCCCAGAUGACUUUUAAUAAAAAGUUUCUGCACUGCAAUUUUUCCAGGUCAGAAUGCCAUAAAGUACGAUCCAGUCUCAUCUCUGUACUUGUCACAAUGUUGACUCGCGUACAACCCCAUUACACUUGUCAGUGCUCCCCUCACAUCCUGCGGCAGGGCUGCCUUUAUUCUCUCAAGUAUCCUUUGCUGGAUGAUGCAAGAAUGAAGGAAGCAACAGCAAGAUGGGCUCACUGUGGCCUCAAGCCCUCCUCACAUCAUCUUUAGCAGAUAAAAACAAGAUUUUAUUCAGGUGAAACUUGAAUUGGACGAGAAAGACUUUGACUUAAGAAUUUGUAUGGUACGCAUAAAUGCAUAUACGUUAAACUUAAAUGUUAUGCCGUAUAAAGGUCUGCAAAAAUCAAACUUGAAAAGUUCGUUAAGUAAAGUUGAAAGCUGGCGAGGCGUUCCUGUGAGAGUUGGUGCGUCUGUUUAUUUGUUCCUGCAUGUAUGUGAGAUCUUCAGCUGUGUCUGGAAUUGUUUCCUCUCUCCCACACCAAUAAAAUAUGCCCGAUGUCUUCUGAGACCUGAGACGCUUCAUGACUCACUUACACAUGGUCUCCAAACUGAGUGGUUUCAUCUUCUGCUCACUUCCCGUCUGCUUCAGUUCCUCCUUCUUCCUCCUUUCUCCAACUUUGUGCUCUCUCCCCACCUGUCAGUCUUACUUUACUUAGCUCUGUAGUCACAUCACUGUGCCGUCUGCAGUGUCUGGUCUCUCCCUCGUGGUCCUUCACAGGCAAUUAAGUUGUUAUUAAGAAAACAGAUCCAAUCAGCAGCUAAUUAAAGAGAUAACAGGAAAAUAAUGAGUGAAGAAAACUCCUCGCUGAUGGAUAGAGACAGAGAAAGCAGAGCACUUUGAAAGUGACAAGUGGUUUUUGAAUGAAAGAAUAAGACUCAGAGACAUGCACGUAGAAAAAAAAACGAGGACACGUUGCAUUGAGAAAUGGAGGGAGAGCAUGCUGGUCUGUGGUGGAGCAGGUGUAAAGGAGGAGAAAGUGAACAGGGGUUGAUGACAGACAGAGAUGCAAGAAGAGAUUUAUGGCAUCCCAAGCAGAUGUGAUCUGCGGCUCAUCCAGCUGUCACCUGAGGAAGGGGCGGCACAGUUGGUAAAAAGCCAGCUAGGGGGUGAUUGGUUCAAACCUGGUUCUUAGAGGCAAAAAUAGCUCCAGUUUGUUGUUUUUAGGGCAGCACUCGGUAUGUUGUUUCGCACAAACCAAACAUUUUUAAGUGAGGAAAAGCCUGUUCCAACCAAUACUCAUGACCAGUUAAGGGUGGGGUAGGCAGGAUCUGAGGAAGUGCCAGUUUUUGGGAGAAAUCUUGAAUGUAAACACUACCCACAGCUCUUGUCCGGUCUACCUCUGUUUUAAGCGCCAGUUAUUCUGUCACCGGUAUUUACUUCGUUUUCUUGCUUGUGUUGGCAGUCGUGGCUAAAGGAGGAUUCAGACAAUUUUCUGUACUAUCUGGUUGGUUUCUACUGUUCGAUACUGUAGCACUCUAACUUUGUUUGGGCUCGUACACGUUAUUGUAGGAUGUGGAGCGUGCCUCACAACAUGGGGGAGCAGCGUUUGCCUCACAACCAAUCAGGUUGGGGGAGGCGGAAAAUGGCUUUGUUUACAGUCAGAAUGAGCGGGCCGCUCAAAAAAUUGAAAAUGUUGACUAACACAGACAUAACAAAACACAGCGAUAUUGUGAUAUUCCCAAAUGUCAUCAAUAACUAAUAGCUAUUGACUGAUAUUAAAAGCUUUUCUGUAUAAACACCACAAAAAAGAUGCUUCUUUAACGAAAUCCUGCCUAUCCCACCUUUAAUAAAAGGUUGAAUAAAAUUGUCAACUCUUCGGGUGCCUAGUGGUCUAAGUGCCUCACAUACAGGCUAAAGUCCUCAUCGCAGUGGUUGCUGGUUCAGUUCCAGGCUGCAGCCCUGUGCUGCAUGUCUUCCCUCACUCUCUACUCCCCACAUUUCCUGCUUUUCUUCAGAUGGCCGAUCAUAUGAAAAAGCCAAAUACUCAAAAAUAGAGUUAUGAAAUGCAAACUUAAAAUGUUCAGCACAGGUAAGUGGAACCACAGGGCUACUGUAAAUAAAACGGAUCAUUAGACUCAAAUAAAGCUUAAGAGCGCAGCUUGACUAUAACUGCCCUAUUACUGCAGACAUUUCCGUCUAGAGCUUUGUGUUCUUUCUUGUAUCAGCACUCUGAGUAUGGACAUGAAAUGGCCACGUUGGAAAAGUGUUAAGGGCGAGGUGACUCAUACUGUGGAUCAGGUAGUUUGAGUAGUAGUAGUUCUGAAGCCCUGCUGCUUUUCCACAGUUUUGAUUGUGAUCACAACCUCUGCGAGAUAAAACAUCACAGCUUCGGUUACCUCUUUCGAGUGCUUACUUGUCCUCGCAGAAGAAGAAGAAAUGGUUGUGCUCAAAAUGUUUGUUUUACCUCUGCUGACUGGGUUUUGGUCGAUCUCACUGCUGAAUCCUGAGAGAGAAUGAGUCAUGAUGAUAACUGAAUACUGGUUUGGGGGCCUAUGUGUGCUAAAUUACCACAUUUCAGUUUGAAUACAGAAAUUGUAGUAAGAAGUCGCAUAAGAAGGUGAGGAAAUGAAAUGAUAACUGAGCCCGGAUCCGAGAAAACAUGAUCCAUGUGUUCUGGUUUCAAGUCUAUCUCACUUUGCUUUCUUUCUGCCUCUAAUAUGAUAAUGAUAACUUCAGUUCGGUUACAUCAACAUCUCUCAGGCUAAUCACGCCAGCUUCCUGCCUCAGCACAGAGGAGUUCUAAAGUACCCCUCUCUCUCUUUCUCUCCCUCGCUGUCUCUGUCAACAGGUGGAGGAGAUCCGAGGUUUUAUCGAGUCUCUUGCAGAGAAAGUCGAGGAGGUGAAGAGGAAGCACAGUGCCAUCCUUGCUUCACCUAACCCUGAUGAAAGUAAGGCUGCUUCUUUAAAUUCUUCCAAACAUCGCUCUGUUCUCGUGAAAAGCUUCAUGAGUGUCCAGGCUGAGCUUUGGCACUGUUUUUUUUUUUAUGGUUUAUUUUCACUUCAAAAAUAAAAACCCUGAGUGAGAUUUUCCUUUUUAAAAAUCACAGCCUCUUUCAAACUUGUUGGGGAAUGAGUCAGAGGAGCCAAUUGAGAUUCCAAACCAGUUGAACUAGGCGUGAAAUGUGCCAGAGUCUGUACCUGAUACAGACUCUGUGUGGGGUUCACGUUGAGCCUAUGAGUGAACACAGCAGGUCCAGAUCAAGGUCAGGAUCCACAGUGAGAGAAUGGGGGAGCUGAUGUGUGUGGUGUGGUGUUCGGUCACAUUUAAACACAGCAAGAGAUUGUUUAGGAGCAAACAAAGACUGUUAGAGACGGAGGAUUGAGGGUUAGAAAGUUUUUGUUCAUAGUUAACAGCAAUAAAAACUUUUACAGUUUAAUGAUUUUCUCCUUUUUGGAUAAUUGAAGCAGGAAGAAUCAAAAUGUAUUACAAUCACUAUUAGGUUUGUAACAGUGAUUCAAAUGGAGAGAGUGACCCGGGAUUUCCACUGCAUCCGGAUCGCAGCAAUUUUCGCUGUACGCCAAUUCCUACUGGAUCCGUUUGUGAGGCGAAUUUUAAGGCUGAUUACGGACAGCAGGAAUUGCGUGAACUCAUAAAAACCCGCAGAUUCACGUGCAAUCACAUGAUAACAAGUUGUCUUUAGCCACAGAGGCUAACCAUGUAAGCAGUAGAUUGUGUCCUUCCAGAGAAGGAAAUCUACUUCUAGACUUAUAAAAUCAGCAACUCCUCAUCCAUGGUGUCAUCGAGGUGAAAUGCUGUCUAAAGAUGCUUUCACUUGUUCUUUCCCAGCAAUUUGCAUGGUGUGAAAUACAAUCCGCCUGAAACACGUAGUGUUUUAUUUUGAAAAGAAGCCAGAUGUUUUAUUUUGUGUCUGUGCCUGACUUCCUUUCCAGCAUGGGUUAAUCUGUGCUGAAUUUAUCUGGCAUGCUUUGGCGUCCGGAAAAUAUAAAACUCUUGCAAUCAGCUGCGGAGUCCGGCAAACCGCAAUGGAACAGAAAGAAGCUGGUGGAAAUUGACACAUUGACAUCAAUGGUUACGAUCAGUUACGAUCCGUGGAUACAGCCUUUUUGUAGCCAUUUCAGAUACGGUGGAAAUUGCUGGUGAAGCAGGUAGAAAGCAGGCAGGUCUGCAGCGAUCCAGAGGAACCUACAGGAUGAGGGAGCUCAGGGACUUCAGAAACGACUGUGUUUUGUAAAUUUACUUGGACAUGAUAAACUCUUGUUUUUAGCCCCCUUUUCUCCUCCUGCAUUUUAGCAAACUGGUGGAAAUUCUGAGUUUCAAGUAAAGGUCUCUUUAAAUGUUUGAUAAAAACUUUCUGCUGUUGUGAACAAAGUCUUAAACUUGUAACACCAUCACUCAGUAAGCUAUGGCUGUACGCUCAAAAAAGCUCUAGAUUAACCAGAAUGCAUUGCAAAAUGGGUACUCUGAGUCAGUUUUGUGCAUAGUUUCUUGUAAAUAUAUGAAACCUGACAGUGAGAUCUGUAAUCGCCUUUGUGCAAGCGGCCUCAGAUCUCAUCACAAUUCAGCACCUGAGAGGAAUUUCAGAGCAACUUGUAGACAGCAUGCUCUAUCACCACAAUCAUCAACGCAUGAAAUGAGAAAAUAUCCUGCAGGAAAUGGUUUCCAUUCUCCGCAAGAGAAUGGACAGUUUUGUGAUCAGAGUUAGGGAGCUCUAAAGCCACACUGGCUGCACCAGGUGGCCCAGAAUUUUUACAGAAACUCUUUGAGUUCUUAUCCAUGACAUAUGUGAUUUAAUUGCAUUUGCCGUGCAAUAGCUCCUUACUGUAGGUUACAUAUACUUAACAUCAGUACUGGCCGUUAACAGAGGCAGCUUGACAAAUAAUGUGCCACGUUUGAAUUUAAACUACUCCACCUAAGAAAAUUAUUCAAAAUAGAGGGGUUUUAGCCCUGUUUUACAUCUUUAAAUUUAUUUUUAUGGUUUACAGUGAAAAAAAAAUUCCACAAUAUUUGGACUAUGACACAGUCUUUGAGAAAGAGCCGAACCAUGUAAUUUAGGAGACAUGCUCCUGUGACAUUUCAAAAAGAGGGUGUCAUAUGUUCUGGUUUUUAGUUUUUCCUUGGUUUUGUGUUUCCCUCAAGUGUAUUUUUUCUUUCUUUUAUUGUUUCUGUUCCCCUGUAGUCCUGUCUUGUGAGUUUUCAGUUUGUGUCUGACCCCGGUUCCUUCAUGUUCUCAAUGUUUUAUUCCUUAUAUCAAUGUCUCCAGUGUCUCCUCGUGGUUUUUUCCCCCUCGUGAUUUUUGUUCCCUGGAUUUGGCUUCUUGUGUUUUUGACUUUGGGAUUUCUUUUGGUUGGACUAUUUUGAAAGUGAGUUUUGUUGCUUCUUAUUUAGUUAAUUUUGAAUAAAUCUUUUUGUUUCUGCAUUUGGGCCCUUUCCUUUUUUGCUUAACGCAUAACCGUGACAGAGGGACUAUAGUAACUGUUGAGAAACAUCAAAAAAGACACAAAUAAUUGCAAAGAAGUCACCAGGUUUUCACUGCAUUGUCAGUAUCAGUAUCCUUAUCAACAUCAGAAUCAGUAUUGGCCUAAUUUUUGCAAUUGAUGUAUUAUAAAUCGUUUGCCCUAAAAAAGCGAUCUGCAUGAGUUAACCCCAGGUAUCUACAAGAGGAACCAUACUGACAAUGAGAAUGAAAGAUUCCUAGAACCACGGGUCGGGGGAAGUUGUAAUCAACCAGGCAAGGCGUCUAUUCUUAGUUCAGAAUGAUUCAUUCAUACAUGUAUGAACAGAGUCACAGCGCACAGAGUACAACAGAGAUUCUGCCAAGAACAAAGACAUUUGCACUGUUGCAUUCAGGCUUUUGUGUGUGUGCAAAUCUUGAUUUCUAUGCACCUGGCCUACAUAUAUGUGUGCUUGGUUUUCUUUGAUUUGAGACUCCUCCGGGGUGUGGAUACGAUUGUGAUGAAGCACAAAGCGAUGUCUUUUUUUAGUUGCGUGUAAUUCGAAACCUUCCUCCAACCAUCUGUUGAGCUGCUCACUUGACUAUCACCAGUUGGAGCCUUAUAGAUACUCAAGAAAUUAAUGACAGUCCUGAAAAACAGAAAAAAAGAUCAAUAUGAAAUAGAUGUGGAGAAGCUCAGUAUAGACAGUACUCCCAAAGGAUGUCUCCUUUGUUUAAAUGGUGAUGAUUGGGUGAACUUGACGAUAGUAAGUACAUUAACCACUGAUCUUCUGCUGGUUACACCCCAGAUAAAGUCAACUUUCCCUUUAAAUGAGAUGAAUAAGAUCCAUACUUUAAAUCACACAUUACUAUAAUUUAGCAACAGCCUCACUGAGAUCUGAAGUUGCACAGCUGCUUGUCUCCUCUUGUUGGAUUUCUAACAAAGUGUGCUUGAGUUUAUCCCCCUCUAUUAUUGAUAAAUAUUGAUAUUAUUCAUUUGUUUUUAGAGUGACAGCCAGCAGGGAUCGAUUAAGCGUCGUCGUGUCUUCUAAUUGGGCUGUUUUCCUUUGUGCUUUAUGGGCUCAAACCGGAGAGGUUACAUAGUUCAAGUCACAACAGACCCUUGCGCACACACGUUGCUUAAUGAUAGCCUUAAUGUUAAAUACUGCGGUGACUCAGAAGUGAGUCAGGCUAGCUCUUAACAGAAAGAAGAAAGAGAAGAAAGCCAAGAGUCACACAUUUAAUGCUGUUCAUUGCACUCCAGCAUAAAGCCUGUUAAUAGUAGCAAGUUUCACUGAACAAAAGGAAAGAAAUAACGUCUGGAUCCCAGCAAAGACGUUGGUAAAAAUCAAAAUCAAUCUCUCUGAAGGAGAGAAAACCCAGCCUGUUGAUAGAGAUCUUUGGAGAUAAGUUAUCCUCUUUUAUCAGUCGCCUUGUGCAUUUUUUUUUUACCACUUUUCAGCUUGUGUUUGCCCUUUAAGUCUGCUUUGACGACAUCCUCCAUAUAUCUCAGUUUUUCCUCUUCUGUAUCCUCAUUUCUUGGUUCAGUCUGUGCUGCAAAGUACAAUCUAUCGGCCCUCCAAUCUUUCUCUUCUCCCUCCCUGUUUCUCACACCUCUGUCAUUUUUGCCUAAGCAUUGAUCCAGCCCCCUGCUCUCACAAGGGGAUAUCACUCACAGUAGCAACACCCCCCUGAUACUCUACCCUCCACCUACCUGAAAAAGCAUCGAUCCGCUUGCAGCAGCGGGCAUCAAAUGAGCCCUUUAACAAGCCGAGGUGUGUAGAUGACCCGCUGAGUGGAGCAGCAAUGAGGGAAGGUGCAUUUAAGAUGUGAACUUUUUCACAGGUUGUGUCCUUUGCGACUGAAAUCAAUAAUCUGUGCGUUUGCGUGUGCGUGCGUCCCCCUGAUAAAUGCACAUCAGUCAGCAGCUGAUGUAAAUGUCAGGGUCGCUCAUUACAUGGAGGUCAGCAUGUUCUACACGGUCUAUCUGUUGCAUUGUGGCUUUCAGUGGGGACUAGAAUUAUCUGAAUACCUCAAUCCAGGCAGCUCCUAUGAUUCCUUAAUAGCUACUUUACCACUUACGUUAGCAAAUCAAAAUUGGUAACACUUUACAAUAACUAUCUUAUAAAUGGUAAAUAGACCAUUUAUAAAUGGUACGCAGAAAGUUUAUUGUUUAAUCAUCAUUUAUAAAUAGCAUAUAGACCUAACCUUAACCCUGACCCUAACUCUAACUUUACAAUAACCAUCUAAGUAAUGUUUAAAGGUGGUUUAUAAACCACUUAUUAAUCAUUUACAAAGUAUUACAAACAUCAGCUGCAACUUUACAAUAACCAUCUAAGUAAUGUAUAUAGAUGGUUUAAAAAACAAAUAUUAUGUUAAUCAUUUACAAAGUGCUACUGACACACAUUUAAAUCCAGAUGUUUUACAACCAAUAUUUACACCCUAUAUAAACCUUUAAUAAAUAGUCCAUUAAUAACUAAUGAAAAUUAUGAAUCAUAAUUUCAUUGCUUGUUAAUGGUGAAGUAACUAUUAACUUACAUUAAUAAACUAUCUAUUUGCCAUUUAUCAUUGGUCUAUAUGCUGUUUUUAAAUGAUAAUUAAACAUUAAUAAAACUAUCUAUUAACCAUUUAUAAAUUAUGGUUAUUGUAAAGUGUUACCUCAAAAUCCUUUCUGAUCAGUUGUUUUGAGAACUACCUGCUGCACUAGUUUCACUUUUAUCAACAAUGGGCAGGUCAAACAUCAGGUGAUCUCAACUUUUAAGUAGGUAGAGCAAGUGUGUGUGUGUGUGUGUGUGUGUGUGUGUGUGUGUGUGUGUGUGUGUGUGUGUGUGUGUGUGUGUGUCUCAAGAUCACAUGCACGUGCAUUGUUUCAUCCGUCGAUGUGUGUGCGCUCCGUUCCUUUAAGCGCUGUGGUAACGGUCUGACAUUUCUGCGCCUCAGCUAACACCUGAGCGCGUCAUCAAAAGUAAUUGCACGAUGACAUUUUAAUGUGAAAUCUACUGUACUGUGAAAUCUCCCAUGAUUCAUUGUUGAAUUGAAAAUGCUGCUCACAUAAAAGGCCAGUGUGGUCCUUCAUCAUUUGUAUGAAAAAAGUCGUCUCUUCUCCCUGAUAUUCUGCGUCUUUCUGUCUUUCUGAGCGGUUUUGCAUUAUAUGUCUUUGUGUGUGGUGAGGGCAACAACUUCAGAGGUUUUUCAAUCUUAUCAGAUUAAACUCAAAACCCUCUGCAGAUCAAAAUGACUCUCUAGUUUUCCCCUUAAACCACAAGUAUUUUCCUCACAGUUGUUUUUCAUCCAAACCCUGCUCUCAUCACUCCCCCACCUCCAACAUGAAAACAGUUAUUAUGAAUAUCACAAAAAUAGAGAGUGCUGAGGCUGUAAGUGGUGAUAUUCCUCUCUCCUGGUAAACAGCAAUCUGGAGGAGUAACAGGGAAUCGCACAUAGGUCUUCCCUAACCCGGCGUUACAUUGUGAGACUGUUGAACCCUUUGUUUCUGUCACGCUUUAUCAGGUUCAUAAUUGCAUCACAUCUCCCCAGCUGACACCCACUUGUUCACCUACACAGUCUUGAGAUCCUCUCACCCUCAUCUUACUCAUGUUCGCCGACUGAAACGUUUCUCACAAGCCCACUUGUGAAGCCCACAUUACUACACACAAACAUCCCAACACGCACGGAGAUGUGUAACAUAACCUUCGCCCCUACGUCACGCGUCGUGCUAUAUCACAGCUCGCCCAUCCCCCUAAAUGUAGCAGAGCGAAUUUUCACAAGGGGAAUUGCAAUAUACAGAGUGAAUGUUUGUUUGCUUGGUUGGUGUUAAGGAUUUGUAUAUCUGUGUGGGCUGUGUACACUAUAUAGGCUCAGUAAUGAUGAUGCAUUAGGUAACAGCAACAUGGUCAUAAUGGGUAUUGAACCUGUGUUUUUUUCCUGAGCACGCUCCGCUAAUGUGGCAGGGGAAGACACAAAUGCUUUUUAUAUUUUGAUGCAUUAUUGAAUUUACACUGUCUAUGAAAUAAUUGCAUUAUUUGUUUUGUUAUUCGGCUCGGGUUUUUUGUCUUGCGCUGCACUGCUUCUACUUAACUUGAUGGAUGAGACUGUGUAUCUUAGAGGAGGUCAAGGUUGAUGAUGGUUGCCUCUCCUGCUGCAGCAUCCAUCAGUGGCCUUUGCACUCAGCGUUUACCAAUGAGAGAGUAUAGGCUGAUAUUAAAUGUAAUGUGAUAUCUAUUAAAACCAUUGUGAAUACUUAAUGGAUCUGCAUUAUUGCAUGUCAUUAUACGUUGAAUAUGCCAUUCUGUGUGGUCAGUCGAGGUAUUCAGAGAAAACUGAAAGGUUGUAGCUGACAUGUAAAGACGAAAUAAAAUCUGAGAAAUGGAAAAGAGCGUUUCACCAGACUGACAGCAGCAAGGCAGUAAACCUGAAUGGAGUGGUGGUGGUCCAGAGAGCUGCAGAGAUUACCUCUGCCGUAGAAGCAGAACAGCGAUAUAGUCUGAAGGAAAAGUUCUGUGAGGGAAUAUCUGUCACCCUUUUAAACUAACAAAAGUAUUUCAAAGUCUGAAGUCCUUGACAGACUGUUCAUUUUUGUAGUCGGCUGUGCAAUAGCAGGGUAAUGUACACAGUGCAGGUUAUUAUAGUGAAAUGGAACCUCUGCUCGGUCUUGGAGUCCAUUUGGCUUUAACGGCCUGCCCAUCGUACAUUAUAGCUGAAAAUGGGGUGGUUUUGAAAAACACUACUUUAUGGCCCUCGGACACAGUUGUUAAAUAAUGUUUCACUGGCAAUACUUCUUGUGCCUGUCCUGAAGUUGUAUGCCUGUUCUCCUUUUGUGUUUGCUAUGAGACAUAAAUGUGUAAUUUACUGCAAGAGACGAGACGAAUCAAGGAGUCAGUGUUGAAGAGGGCUAUCAUGAUAAGUAGAAAGGCAAACGAUGUUGAUGGCUCAAACUAGUACAAACCGAUUCUCUCUGAUGAUUCUUGAAUUUUUGAUUUAUCCAUAUUACCAGCCCUGUAACCAAAAGUUUUGUAGACAACACUACUUCAUGAAUGAUUUAUCAUGCUCUUAUUUUGUGAUGUUUCUGUCUGAUAUUUAGAUGGGCCGGGAUGAUAUGCUUUUUACGCGACUUGAUUCUUCUACGAUUUUUUGUGGAUGCCGAUUCAAUUUAACUUGCGAUUUUAUGAUAUAGUCAAUUUUCUCGAUUUUUAGUCUGCAUUUUUAACACCAGUGAAACAGUUGAAUUAUUAAGAUUGUCUACUGGCUGUUCCAGGAACCAUAUUUCCCAAAAAAAUACACAUCACAUGAAAGUCAGUUUUUAAGAUUUUUUUCUUAAAUUUGAAAAAAAAGAAAAAAGAUUGUUUUACUAAAAAAAACGAUUUUUUUAAAACAAAAACAAAACAAAAAAAAUCAAUUUAAGAAUUAUAAAACAAAAAAAUCACGAUACUUAUGAGAAUCGAUUUUUCCCCCUACCUCUAGUAUAAAGGGUACUUCUGGUGGUUCGUAAGUGAGGAACUUAGUGAAGAGAGUUUUAAAAGAACAGUUAGGAAAUACAAAUUUUCAAUUAAUGAGUCACUUGAAGAGGCACCAGCUUUAACAUUUUUAGAUUUACGAUAAAUAUUUAAGUGUUAGCUUGUAAGUGUUUGAUUAUCUAUGAGGGCUGAUGUAGUUAGCUUACAAGCAGUCUGCUUCUUCUUCUCCACCAACACCAUGUGCUUAUCUUCAGCAUGUUAUCAAUAUUUACAUCCUUUGAAAAGGCGGAUACUAUCAAUACUGGUGUUGUGACAGCCCAGGUCAGUGAAAACUUGAGAGUUGAAUAUAUACACAUUUAUAUGUAUAACAUUUGUGGGUAAAGGCUGCAAAACAGGCUUGUUUGUCUUUUUGUGUGUGUGUGUAACCUGUGUAAAAUCAUGUACAAUAAAAACUACUGGAUAUACAUAUCUUUCACAAAGAUUACUCUACGUCUUCACCUCCAGUGUCACAGAUAAGAAUCUAAAUGACAGCACUAAACAAACAAUCCAUCCAUAAACUACAUGUGACUCCUGUGAGUCGCAACAUGCAGAUCACAAUAACACCUACAGACAAGGUUAGUCUCCAAUUAGCCUUAUUUAUGUGUCUGUGGGUGGAAACCACUGUGCACUGGGAUCAUGGGAAAUUGAUCCCAGUUGCACUUAAUGUGCUUCCUUGUUUGUGCAUUAAAACCAUUUGAGACCAGCAGCCAAGGGUAGGACCUUGUAAAGCUCUGAGAGGAUGUAAAAUCAAUAGUUAAUGGAAAACAAGAAGAGUAUAUGUGUGUUUUAUAAAAAAAAAAAAAAACUACAGAUCGCAGAAUCAAAUUUAAUCUGAGUGGAUAAUAAACGAAAAAGAAAUAUAAAAUGUUAAUGUUCCUUCUUGUUUUUCUACAGUUUUUACAGCAGCGUAAUUCACUCGGCUUUCAUCCAGCCUGAGUGAAUAAAAUGUGAGAAAACUUUUGAGUAUAAUGAGGACAAAUGAUGAGUGCUGUCUCACUGCUGCACAGAAGAACUUCAAAUGAAAGUGAAAACUCUGCAGCUGGAGUUUUGCUGACCGUGAAAAGUACGGAAAAAUCCCGCUUUAAUUAGAGGCAGAAAAUCUGCUCCUUAACACCGCUGCUCAAGAGCUCAUUUAACAACUUUUCUCGACCUGCUUCUCUAACCACAUACUGUUUGUUCCGUGAGACUUCUCAGUCUCCACUUUAUAAAGAGCUUCUUUUCCGCUGACUUGUAAAACUCGCAGCUCUAGAGAUGCCCGUUUUAAUUGCAGCCCGUGAGUGUUACUAUUUCAAGUGUCUGGAUUUUGGCUGAGUGCGCUGCCUCCCUCAGAGAGCUGCUUUGCCUCAGCUCCUCCACUUUCAACCAAAAUUCAGAAGUUUCCCCAGCUUUUUGUUUUUCCCACUGAUCUGCCACAACCAAUUUAAAUCUUCUCUUCAUCUCUUUUAUUUCACUGUGUUUCCUUACUCUUACAUCCCCCUUUUAAAGUCUAAGCUGAUGCAUAUCAAUAUCACUUUUUAUGUGGACAGCCAGGGUCAAGGCUAGAACACACACUCUUACGCACACAGUGGAGGUCAAAGCCGGUGAGAUAACUCAUUCAUGCCGGAAUAAAUCAGUGUAACUGCCCUCUGUGCUCUUGACUCUUGAACCGGCAGUCAGUGAGAAGUGUGCAGUGUUGGUGCUCUGAUCUAGAUUGAAAUGUCAAGUGUUAGGAGGCAGGCGGAGGUUUCAGAGUGACAGUAACGCAGUUGUGUUAUCUCACAAGAUCACUGUUAUGGUGUCUGCAGAGAAAGAGAAGGAGGGAGUUUUUAGAUAAGAUUUUAUCCAAUACAAAACCCACAUCUUCUUUUAGUUCUGACUGAUUCUGCUGCUUUUACUUGGUGAUGAAAAUUUAUAUUUGUGUUGAAUGUAAAUCAGUGCUUCCUGUAAUUUUCCGCCAAGCGCAGACAGACACGCUUGACUUUCUUGUUGGUGGUUUGUUUGCAGCUUCUCCUCCAAAUUUACUGUGAAAACUGCGAAACAAUAUAAAUAUUUGCAUAUAAACAUGAGCAACAGCCUGCACAGCAUAUAAAUAGAAAAGUUUAAAACAUGAAGCAGUAAGAAAUCUGUGCAAAACCUGUGAAACUGAAUCUAAACUCUUCAGUUGUAGUUAAUCUUUAUCUGUGCCGUCAGUUUGUUGUUACCUGGGUUUACACUGUAGUCCAGCAGUAAGGUAAAUAGCAGCAAUGUUUGAGGGAUGAGCUCACAUUUUGUCUAUUUGAAACAUCCGACUCCUGGACUCCAGACGAUCAAUAAGUGGUGCAAUCCCACAGAGAGGACUGGUUAUAUAUUUAUAGAGAAAGCAGAAGGAGACAGAUAGGGACUGCGAGAUUGGGGAAAAAGAUAAAUAGCUUCAAGCUCGAAUCUGGAGUGGCAGCAAUUGACCCUGAGUUAGAAAGAAGGAAACAGAUUUCUUCGUGUCAUGGUACCCAAACAUCACACUGACACACACAUUGUGUUGAUAUAAUAACAGUAUGAUUUCUGACAGUGUAAAAAACAGACAUUGGAAACAUAAAAAACUUGAAUGGUGUUUUUUUAUGACUGGAAAAUGCUGCCGCUGUCCAUCCAACUCUGGAGUAAGAUUGAAGCUUAAUGUAGGUGAAGAAUUGGCCAAGACUUCCAGGACGUUCAUCUCUUAUUAGAUCUCUAUAAUAUGCCCUGUAAUACGAGGAAAUUGCUUGUGAUUGAUGUAGGUACUACCCUGAUCAGUAGACAUGAAGGCUGGUAGUAAAGUGCAAGUGAAAUUAGAUCUGCUGCAUUUGCAAAGGCAGAGCAAACUUGUUUGCUCUACUUUCCUCUUAUAGGUGUUCACCAUACUGGCUCUGAAAUUCUGUUUUAUGUUCAACAUCGAGGAAAAUAUUACAGAUUCUCUUUCUUUCUAAACUAUAAAAAGGAUAUCAAUAUUUUCAUUUUGUUUACAUAAUAUAGCUUAAAAAUUGUGAGAGACUAUGCAUUUUUGGGGGUGUAGUGAAACAUUUCUGAUAAGGAAAAGUCUUGCACAUAAUGCCUCAUAAAAGUGCAGCACAUAUUUUAAGGCUUACUUUAGCGUAUAAACACACUUUUGUUAUUGUAAAGAAAAUCAAAUCUUUGUUAUUCUUGUUGUUACAUAAUGAGAACCUCACCAGGAACACUUCAUAAUAACUACACACUAAAGCAAUAAGUCAUGCAUUGUAUCAUUAGUCAUUCAUCGUCUAUAAAGCAUUGUUCUGACACUGUUUACAAUUUGAAUUUCAGUUUAAAAAAAAAAAUCUCAUGUCAGUGUUUUAUUGCUGAUUUAGAUGUUCUCUAACAUGUUAAAUUGUAUAAUUUUAAACGCCAAAAAAACUUUUAAGCAUCUGUCUGUCAGUACUAAUAUUAUUCCAGUAGUCCUGCGCAUCUCUGCUUGUAACCUAACAUACAUGAAUAUUCUCAUGAAGAGCAAAUCUACCAAGGCUCUUCUUUGAAUCACAAAAACCAAAAUUUAACCCAUUUUAACCAACACGAACAUCAUUUAUUUUAAAGCAUCAUUUACAUUUGGGUUUUAUUUUUUCUCUUGCAUGUGCCCUAAACACCAAAUUUAAUAUUGUUUUAUAAUGUUACUGUCUUCUUUUGUGAUCUGUUUCUCUACUGGAACAAUGGACUAUUGAAGGGUUUAGUUAGUGCACAUCUGGUCUGCUUUUUGUCUUUGAGUACUAUACUAAAUCAUUUCAUUUUGGCCAAACAUGCCAAAAUUGAAUUAGCUCCAAGUGUGCUGCCAACUGCAGAGGUAGUCAUAACUGAAGUCUCUCAGGUACUUUGGUUGAGAUGCAUUGUGCCUACCAUUUAAAUACAAGAGAGAGCAGAGUCCUUUUUCAAGCUGUUGUUGUGUUUCUUUCUAUAGGACAUGUUUGUGUAACUGUACAGAUGAGUCCACAGAGCAGCUUGUGUUUUGAACAGACGCCUAUACGGUGCUGCUACCUUCUGGCAGCACAGAAAGUUGGAUAAAAACCAUUAAACAGCUGCUGAUGAAAGGAAUCUUAACAUAAAACAAAUAACCCAUAAAAUUACACUUGAACACAUAUUUAUCACACUUUAUUCAAUCUUCUAGAUUGCCAUUAUUUUUCAUCCUCUUUCGUCCAUCUAGGUUCAAUGUCUCUCUUUCUUUUCCUUGCUUUGUAGCGCCUCUCCUGCUUUUUUUCCCCUCCGCCACUUUAAAACAAUGCGAAGCCACCGAGAGGGCCGACUACACAUUGCCAUAGCAACACCGUCUUAAUGAUGGCAACAAGCAUGACCUGAAGAUCCCAUUCAAGAGCAUUUGGGAGAGAGGGAUGGGGUGUGAAGCCGUGGCUCAAUUGACUCCUCAGUUUUGCCCUCUGAUUUGCUUCCCUCUCACUUCUCCAUCCACUUAGUCAUCAGCGUGCGCGCUCUCCCUCCUUUCAGGGAGCCAAUAAUGAGGCUGAAUGGACACUUGAUCGAGCAGGUUGUCUCCCUCUGUUUGGCAGUCACAAGAGGGGAAAUCUAAUCUAAUUCCUUAACACACAUGUACACGCACAGUCAUAAACACACACACCAUGCACAGCUGAAAACAAAGCGUAGUUUUUAGGUUAUUAACUGGUGCAGCUGACCUCAUGGAGCAGGUUACCAGAGGUUGCUAUGGUUACACAAAAAUGAGAAAGACACUUUUCCAUAACCUUACACCUCUGGACGUUUGUGGUGUUGUAUAAACAUGAGCACAAGUCGACAUGAAGAUCAGCAUACAAAACAGUUGUAGGAAUAAAAAAAAGCUACAGUCAAGAUGACACUCACUGUCUAUAAAACUGAACAUAAAAUCUCUGAUCUGCAACUGUAGCUCCUCUUACACACAAUCUUACAAACACAUUAAUUGUUUUUUUUAGAAGUCAACUGCCUCAGAGGCUUCAGCCCACCUCUUCUGUGUGACCCUGACGGACAAACUAUGCUCUGCACACAUUUUGCCUUCAGCAUUGAGAUCAGUGAUUCAGUGUUAUUCAAAUGUGUACCAAGAAUACAGCAUAAGUGUUUGCUUGGAAAUACUGUACUUAAGUGGUGCAGGACAAAUACGUAAAUAUAUGUACUCAUGAUUGCUUCUGAGGUUGCUUGCUGAACUGUAAAGGAUGGUAAAGGAGGUCUUGGCUAUAAAUGUACGAUAUUCAACCCCUACCUGCAAUGACAUGUUCAAAAAGGCCAUUGUCAUCAGGCAGUCACCUUUCAGCUCAGAGAUUACUUUGACACUUAAAUGUACCCUUGGGAAAGUCAUGACUACACUGAUUAGAAAUGUAAGUUUAGACUUGGAAGAGAUGUUGAAAUUAUGUCCCUCCACAUAACACAGUUCAAAGGCAGAUAUCAGUUAAAAAUUUAAUAUCAUAACUGUUUCUCCUCUUUGAAGCCUUAUCUUUUCUUGUGACUCUAUUGAUUUGUGCCAAUUAUUUCAUGUCGGCGCAGCUUCCAGUAGAUAAUCAAAAUACUUUGAAACCAUCUGCAGUUUUCUUUCAGAGGUGUAGUAUCAUUCAUGCAUGUGCUGGUGAAAAAUAAAACAGGGACUGACUCAAAAACAGUCCUCUCUGGGUACUGUAGUGGUUAAAAACUCUGUUGUGUGUCUUUAAAAAGACACCUGUCUGGAGAAGACAAGGGCCCGGGGAUUUAAGAUGCUGCUCAUGAUCGUGGCUCAGUUUGGGUCAGACGUUUUCUUUUGUGAAUCGUUUCUCUUUUCUCUCACCUCAUUUCACGCCGUCUCUCUGCUGCUAUCAAAAAAUUACAAUUUGAGACUAUUCUUGUGCAUUUAAAUAGACCUGUCUUUUCAAAAAAAAAAAAAAUCAUAUUUCAACACAAUUUCUUUUGCACAGAUCGGAAGUUCUCAUUCAGCUCUCUGCAUGCAUGUCUCCUGUUCUGUGUCACAGACCACAGACUGAUGUUUGCUGAUAUGGAAAUACAUCUGUUAAGCAGAUUAGAUGCUUGUCGGAUUUUACUGCUCUAUUUGUAAUGGGUUCUGUUUCUCUAGCGGGCUGCUGUAGUUUAAAUGCAAACUGGUCUGAGCAUUAAUCCCAGCUGGAGUCUGGUGUAAGCUGCUCAUUAGGAUUCAUACUGCAUAUAUUAUUUAAUGUGAACAUGAUGACUUACUAUAAAAAUGUGUUUUCCAUUUUUGGUGUAGUGUAAUAACCCCAGCUGCCACAAAGAGCCUUGAAACAAUGUAAAUUUAGAGUUUUUAAAGAGAGAAAAACAGAUGUUUCUUGCUUGUAAAAUAAAAUGAACAAGUAUUAUGUUUCUUAAUGAAACUUCUUCCAGUGAUCAAAGUCUUCCUCAUACCAUGAAAUCAGAUUUUCCAGAGUCUUUCUGUGUUGUCAGAUGCAGAUGUUUGCAGUCGUUCGAGUUUAGUAAUGCUGCCCCUUUAUCUCUCAUUCAUCUAUGUGAUUUAUGCAGCUUUGAGGAAGCAGGUCACAUGCGGAAACAAACUCAUUAUAAGAGAGGUACUGCAGGCACUGUGCUGUGCUUUGAUUGAAUAGUUUGACUCGAGCUACCCUUUUAGACAAUUUUUUAAUGUCUGUCGGCUUCCCCAGGCUUGUUAACUUAUGAAGAUUAGGGUCUCUAAUGGCAUUAAGAUGAUAAAUGACUUUAACUCGUCUUUGCUAUGUGCUAAAAAUGGCAGCUAAUACUCCGGGGUAAUAGGUGUGUGAGAAAAUGUGUGAAAGUGGUUCUGUUUUUUUUUUCUUUCCCCCUUCUUCAUCUUAUUAUGUAUGACUCAGAGGAAGAAACACACACAUGUACACACUUCAUUUAUUGCGGCAUUGUAAAUUAGAAAUUAUGUUUUUUUCAGAAGGAGGUGGGAAGUGAGGAAAAAAAGGAAGUUGCAAAACACACAAGAAACUGAGUCAGAGAGACAUCGACCAAAUGGAAGAAAACAGACAAGUUUAAUCAUUUACAGCAGUGAAGCAGGAUGAGACUGAGAGACUGUAUUUCCCGCUGUAAAAUUAAAAACUUCUAAAUCGCUAAAGUCAUCUUUAGAUCUCCAUUUGCUUUCAGCUUGAUUGACUUUUCGGUCACAGCUAACUAUGUAUCUGCUAAAAUGAAGCCCUCUAAAACCAGAGUGUGCACUAUUGUUAUAGAACGGUAAGUAUAAAUACUGGAUUUUUUUAAAUGUAAAAUAUAAUCUUGAGUUGUUGUACAUACAUUUUACAGUAUUAUUACAAUGCACUGAUGAUAGAGUAGCAUCCGCUUUUUUAACAGUAUGCUAAUAAACAAACAGACAAAGUUAAAGCUCCUGUGAGUAGACAUCAACUGGCUAAAAUUAACACUGGUGCCCCUACAUGAUCUUUAAAGCAAACAAGAUCAUCAUUUUCACCGCUGGAAUCACUGCCAGGUAGUAGGUGACAGAAAAGGGAGUUGACUGCAUCCUGCCAGAGAAUCCCUUGUUAAAAUUUCCAUAAUUAGGAUUUGUGAUGAAACAUAAGAGCUCUAAAAUGUUAUGUAUUCUCUUUUAAUUGACAUAAAUCUUCUGUCUGCAUUGGGACUUGCUUUGGCUCAAAAAUCAAACAGUUCCCAUUUUAAAAUUCAUCAGUAUGUCUGUCAGUAAAUCUGCUCAGAUUUAUCUUUACAGUUCAUGUUUUACUUCCUCUGUUGAGGCUUCUUGUUCUCACAAAAACAGCUAAUCUUGUUUGUGGACAUUGUUGGGCUUUAAUUCACACAUGAGGUUCAGCUGUACAUCUCUGGAUCACAUAAACUGUGAAUGUUUGGUCCUGUGAACCUGCAUAGAAAGCAGAUAGACUGCAGAAAGAAGUGAAGGAUGCUGGUACUCUAAGAAACAAGAGACAGAGCGUGGCGGAGGAUGAGAUGUGCUGCAUGACAUCAUAUUUGUCUGGAUUGACUCUGACCCUAAAAGAGUUAUUUUUGUUUUUGAUUCUGUCUCUCUGAAACUGGCUUGUAAUGAGGUUUGUGAGCGUGGAUGAGUUGUUGUAUUUGUGUUUUAGUUCUGUAAGAGUCCAGUUAUUAUCUUCUGCUCUCCUCCUCACAGAAACAAAGGCUGAUCUGGAGGAUCUGAUGGCAGACAUAAAGAAGUUGGCCAACAAAGUACGCUCCAAAUUAAAGAGUGAGUACAGUCUUUCUUUCUCUCUCUCUCUCUCUCUCUCUCUCUCUCUCUCUCUCUGUUUCUUGAUCAAAUUUUAUAUCAAUAAUCUUUAAACUCUUUCUUUUUUAAGUGUUGAAACACUUAACUUUUACAGUACACAAUAUUUUAAACAACGACAAAUUGCCACAAGUUACUCAGACUGAUCAGAGACCAAAAUUAAAAUGUCUUUAUAUUUCAUAAACAAAAACAUAAAUCCAAAAAACAUAGAUUUCCUUAUUUAUUAAUAAUUCAACACUCUUCUAGCUCUCUUUUGAGUUCUUUUAAUGCUUCAGUUAGAGCUUGAAUAAGAAGCCAAAUUAACGGAUUAGUAUCAAGAAACUUGAUACACACAAUAAAAAUCCUAAAUAUUGAGAAAUAAAUGUGUUUCACCAAAAGGUUUUGCUUAUUUCUGUUGUUUUAUAUUACAGUAAAGCCAUCAGUCCUGAGCCAGAGAAAGUAGUAUAUUUUACUCAAACUAAUUGGGACGUUUUCUCUGUAAUGUGGCAUUUGAAAGGCCUGAGGACUAAUUGAUUAAUGACAAGAGUUCAUGGCAGAUUAAUCAAAGUUGAACAUAAUUAUAAGGCACAGCUCUGUGAUCCAAUUAUAGUACAAUGACCAUAUUCCUAUCCAUAAUGUACUGCUGGGUAUUUUUCAUCAAUGUGACAUCCCGGGCGAGGCGAGGAGAGAAAGUGAUGAGUGAGACUUACAGAGGAACAGAGACAGGGAACUGUUACACACCUACAUUAAAGUUGAUAGGAGCACUAGCAAACACACGUGUGCAUAUAAACAGACUGAUGUUACAUUGAAAUAGCUCCCCACACAAUGAGUAAAUGUGCAUCUGGUGCUGAAUCACACCAACAAUGUAUGCAUGGUCUUUAUCUAUUUAUGCACAUUCAAAUCUGUGCACAUGUGCCUCUGUGUGUGCAUGGGUGUGUGUGUGGGUGUGUGAAGCCCAUUAUCUUCUUAUCUUCUGAUUGUGUUUUGUUGUCCAAACUCCUAAGAAAUGAAUACAGACAAUUUGGACCUGCAGGCUGGCCCAACUGGUGCACAGACUCAAAUGAAAAAUACAGUCUUUGGCAGCAUUUUUGCCCUGUCUUAUAAAAGAGAUAAGUGAUGUUGUUACUCGAAUUUCAAACACAGCAGAGAGAAAAUGUGCUGCAUUUAAAUGCAAAGAAAAUACCGUCUCUCUCUUGGGAAAGUGGAACACAACUUAAGCCCCCAGACCUCAUCCUGUGGGCUCAGAGGCAUCAGAUACACACCUAUUAUCACAGUUUGUCACACGUGUGCACAUUUUUAUCUACACGAACAUGAACAAAUGCUAUCAGGCAGAACAGGCUCUCCAUCACACUCCUCUCACUGUGUCGCUCCUGUACGCACCCCUACAAGAGUACCUGGAUGUUAGUGUGAGUGUGCAGCUGUUGUACAAGUUUUGGUUUGUGUUUAGCCCCCAAAAGCUUUUAGGUUUUAGCAAAGACUAAAACAAAGCUUCUUAGUUGUUGUUUUUUUUUCUUUUUUCUGAUGGCCAGUAGGGGGCGACUAUGCCAGUCCUACAAGUUCAUUUGUAUAGAAACAGCUGAUAUAUUACUUAUAAAGUUACUUUGAGGUCUUCAUCAGUAGACAUGUGAUGACCUUGUAGUGUCACUUCAUUUGUGAGCAGGUCUCCUAAUCACACAGAGACGCUUAAGGAGCGUAUCAGCAAUGAGGUUCACAACUGACUCAGUAAUAUGUUUAGUGGGUUUUAAACAAAUAUACUAAGAGGUGAGGUGAGACUGUAACCACAAAGACUGAUUUAACCAGCUCAAAGUGUGGAUGUAAUGAUUCAAACAAAGGUUUUAGCGCCGUAUCGACAGCACGACUCCCACUACACAUUAUCUCUAAAUUACGACUAUUACGAACACAUUAAGCCAAAUGAAAGCUUUCGUCAUUUUCCUGGAGCACUGAGGAGUGCCAUUAAAAGAGUUUAGACGGUUACUUUGUAGUCGUGACUGACAAACAGUUUGCAAGCUGUCAAUGAAGUACUAUGAGAUUGUGAUCAAGGAAGCAGGCCAGUGACUGGAUGGAUCAGUGAUGUGGGGGUGACGCUGAUUGGAGAUAUGCUUUAGAAAAAUAAUUAUGUUCUUGUGAUAAGUGAUCAUUUUUUCAACUUGAUACCUUAAACUUACAUACAUAGUAGACCACAAAAUUUGUUGAUCUUUACAAUUUAUCCCUUUACCUGGAGGAAUGUGUGCAACCUUCUUAACAAAACCAAAUUUGUUUGUAUGACCCUCAUCAUCUUGUAUCCGGUGCAUGUGUGUCUCCCUGAAAUUCAUUCAUCUUUAUCCUGAAAACACAAAAGAAAAAUCUUGUGAAUCUUAAUUUUUGCAUUUCUAGAUGUUAACUUAAAAGAGGCGAUUUCAUUCUAUAACCACUUCUAUGUUUUUCAUCAUGUUUUCCAGGUAUCCAGCAAACCAUAGAGCAUGAAGAAGGCCAGAACAGGUCAUCAGCUGACCUGAGGAUACGCAAAACACAGGUACAGCUCAGGAGGGAAAGAUGUAGUUAAGAGCUUUGUUACAGAUUUUCCAGGUACAUACAGUAUAUAUGGUUGUCAGAUAGGAGAAUUAUACUUUAUAGUGGUAGGUAUUGGCUGAAAUUAAACACCGUAAAUAUAGUUUAGUUUUCAUUUCUUCUUUGCAGAGCAUGAGAGCAAUCAUCUACAGCAAAACAAAGCAAACAAUGCACGAUAAUUUCAACAUACUGCAUGCUCAAAACAGCUAACAAACAGUAUGACAUGAUCGUUGUGUUUCUGCAGCACUCCACACUGUCCCGUAAGUUUGUGGAGGUGAUGUCAGAAUACAACACCACCCAGUCGGACUACAGGGAGCGCUGCAAGGGACGCAUUCAGAGACAGCUGGAGAUCAGUGAGUACUCAUGGGAGGAUUAACCCUACACUGCUCAUACUGUCAGUACCUCAUACAGCAACACUAAAGCUGCAUCUCAUGGUCACACGUAUUGACUUUUACAAAUUGAGAUUGUGAAGGGGAAGUGAUCACUUUUUUGUUAUGCAAACUGUUUGCAUCUUUGGUGGUCAUCCAAUAACUGGAAGGUUGGCGGUUCGAUUCCCCCCCUAUCCCUAGUCUGUCUGUUGUGUCCUUGGGCAAGACACUUAACCCACCUUGCUCCCAAGGUGUGUCCUCCACUGGUGUGUGAUUGUGAGUGUUGUAUGAUGGUUUUUGGAGAGGCCGUAGGCGCAAACUAGCAGCCACGUUUCCGUCAGUCUGCUCCAUGGCAGCUGUGACUACUCAGGGUGUGACUGUGUGAGUGAAUGAAUGAUGUAUCCGAUGUAAAUCACUACGAGGGUCUCUGAUAAAGCGCUAUAUGAAAUCUGAUGCAUUAUUAUUUUUCACUCAGAUGUCCUCUCUAUCUUAUCCUCCCACCUGUUACUCACCAGUUUGUUAGAGUAGCAAUUUCUCUCUCUCUCUCUGCUGGUGUCAGGAGCAAGUAGUAACCACGGACAAACAAACAAAGAAUACAUUAAACACUAAAUGUUGUAGGGCUUUUCACUUGUAGAAGAAGUUUAAAUGUAGAGAAGAGGAACAAAUACAUGAAGAUUAAAGGCCAAAAAACAGGACCAACCAGCAAUCUUUAAGCUUUAUUUGUCAAAGAGGCUCCAUGUGGUUGUUUUUAACUGAGACAAAUAGUUCAAUAACUAUCAAAUUAAAGUUAUUUUCCUUGUUUUUUUGAUCAUGACAGUUAAUACUGUGCCUUAAGUCCACCAUUUACCCAUGAGAUGACUGUAUUUAAAUUUAGUUUACAUGUCAAACUUUAACCUAAAAGAUGUUGUAACCAAUAAUAUUUUAAAGGUAUUAAUUAAUAUUUUUUUAUUUAAUACAUAGACUAAUAUUGAAUUGUGUUAUCAUUACUUUAAAAAACAAUUUUUCUUUAUAAAAAACAAGAUUUUAUUCUCUAAAACGAAUUUGGGGGUCAUCUUUUAAGCAAAACUGUCGGAUAUUUGGACCAAUAUUCUCAUCAAACAAAUGCUAAAAACCCCUCCAAAAAACUGUCAUAAAUUUGUAACAACAAAAGAUUAAACCUGGAGCACAUCCAGUCAUCAUUUGAGCCCAUCAUCAGUGGCACUGAGCACAGAAUGACUACUGAAAACACAGUCCGGUGUUUGUUUUGUUUGCAGAGAAAUCUGAGUUAAUCUCAUCCAUAUUUUUAUUUUUGCAUUUGUCUGGUGUAGAGCACCAAAACAACCACCCUCACACUUUCUAAAACACAUACAUCACCAACACCCACACCCAUAUUCAUCCACAUGCCAGCCUGCUGCAGCUCAGAUCCAAGCCCCUGUCUUGUAUCACACUAUGGGUAAUAUGAUUUGACAGGUUUUAUCUGCAGGCCUCGGGCUCUGGGACCUGACGCUGACACAGCCUCUGCAGUGGCAUCCAGGCAGGCAGGCAGCUCCAUGCCAGCUGCCCCUCACACUCAUUGUGACACGAAGACACACACACACACAAACAUGGAUGCAGAGAAGUUCACCAUGACUCAUUUAAUAGCAGAGGAGAGUAGGGGCCGUAAUUUUGCAGGCACUCAACACAGACGUUAUUUCCUCUGGCCAUCUGUGAGUGUAGAGUGGACCCGUGAAGCAGGUCUGGAUGUGUGAGCACCACCCAGUCCCCGCUACAUGUGCUCCAGUCAAAAGAACAGCAGUGUCAACAUAAAGUGCUUCCUGGGGCUAAUCAAAGGAUAGACUCUCCUAAUGGACUAACAAACACACACAUACACACACAUACUGACUCACUUUUUCCGUGAGCUCCUCCAGAUCCAUUCGAGUUUGAUUUUGUCAGCAGGUGAAGUCACAGGAGGCCUCGCCUGAUAUCACCUGUCACCAAGGAAGGAAUUAGACACGCAGAGAGAGCACAGAGAAGGAGGACUGACAGCUCAGAGGGAGAAAUUAUGAGUGUGAGGCAGUGAAAGAAAUUCAUUACUUGGUUUGAUUUUAACCUUCAGAUUAGAUUUAGUGUUAUACUUUGAUCUAAUACAAUUCAAUUCCUUCACACCUGAAGUGUGAUCUGUUUCUGUUGUGCCGACCACUUUGACUUGUUUGUGUGGAAAUCAAUAAGACUGUGAAACUCGCUGGGGGAAACCUUGUCUGGUCCGCCAGACUGAUUAUCGACGUUUCCUCUGCUGAUACUCUGCUUUCUUGUUCCUGAUAAAAGCAACAGGAGUGGAGCUCUGUGACAAACUGUAAACAUGUAACUGUAAAUAAAAAAAACUGCCUUUUUUAUCUUGUGCAUUUAAAAAAAAAGACGUUUUUAUGCAGUCCUACAUUCAUGUUCAAAUCAUCGACAUAGAGUUGAACUAUCUUCAGGAUACAGCCAUCAUAGUCCCAAUGCAACAACCCUGCAGAGAGCAGUGCAUUGUUCAACAGGUUGUUAAACUCUAUAAAAGUAAAAAAUAUUUGAAAUAAGGCUGGAAAUUAUGGUUUUGACACUCUCCUUGGCCUGUCGUAUCAUGACACAGGAAGACAGUUUAUACUUUUUUGUCUUUGGAAGACUGUUAGGGGUGUUUAAGAGUUAAAGGGACAAGCCAAGGGAAAGCAGCCUAGGUUAUUCUGGUUCCUUGUGUUCUUAUAUACAGUCAUAAACACACACAUCCUCAUUAAUGCACAGACCCAACCUAUCUCAUCCGGCAUUUAAACCACGUUUCAUUAUAACACAGGUUCUUCAAGUUACUUAGCCUUCAAGGAACUGAAACAGUUUAUGUGCUGCUAACCCCCCAAAUAACCAAUAAUUAUCUUAAGAUACCUAAUCGCAAGUGAGGACAAAAGAAACUACAAUUACAACAACAACAACAAUGACUUUGAACUGAAGGGAGCGGGAGAAAAAGUGCAGCUGAUGCCCUCCAGUUUGGGGGUGAACAUGUUUCUUGAAGCUCGCAGUUUAAAUUAUUUACAGUUUUGUAUUAACUUAUUGUACAUGAUAACAUGAAUAAUUCUAAACAUUUGUUAUGUUACAUAUAGAUUGAAAGAGACUACAUACAGAAAAAAAUAUUUUUGGCAAAUUAUCACUGAAAUGUAGAAAAAUGAUAUAAAAACAUUUAAAUAAUAAUUAUAUGUAUUAUGCGUCAAAACAGUUUGUCAGGAAUAAGGCUGCAUUCGAGUUCGAGUUACCUCAGAAGUCAGAUGUUGCAGCUGAAAAUGAUGCCACACCGAGUAACGAGUGUUUCAGUUACUAAGUCGGAAAAAAGCCAAAUCGGACACGGAAACAAAGACAAGGCAAGCGCUAAAAUAACUUUUGUUUUUGCCUCCGAUUUUGCUUUUUUCCGACUUGGUAUCUGAAAUGCUGGUAACUCGGGUAUGAUGUCAUUUUCAGCUCCGACAUCUGACUUCAAGGGUAACUCGAAUGCAGCUUAGGUGUCAAUAUUGUCCUUGCCCAUGUGAUCAUAACAGAAAGUUAGUUUGAGUCAGCAUUUCCAUUGUUGUGAAAGCCUUUUCACGUCAAUGCCUGGCUAUCCCCAGGUUUUAGGAAGUCUAUGCUCCUUCUAAGAAAUAGCUUAAACUUCAGUUUUCUUACAGGUCAUACAAACCAGAAACACCAUGUUGGAGGUUAAGGUUAGGAUUAUGUUAAUGAAUCAACAUUAGACUUUCCUUGUAAACAAUAUACCACUAAAAUAUCGUUUUAAAAGGUAGAAAUUAAAAUGAAAGCACUAUUAUCAUAUCUAAAGUCAGUGUUUUUCUGUAGUAGGAUCAUGCAGACUCUCACACUCAUUUGCCUCCAUGAGCAGACAGGCAGGAUCGCAGCGGGAUGUAGGGAGUGUUGGUCACAAGCAUGGCAGGGCCUCUUUGACAUUUGAUUUUGUUUAAUUUCCCCCGUGGACACUCACUCAACACAAUGCCAGAGAGCACACAAAGAGGUGCACUAAUACAUCUCCUGUAUAACAAACACAGGGUGAGCUGUUUGUGUUCAAUAAUAUGCUUUUCUCAUUCCUACUGAAUUGAAGGGGAUUAAGGAUCCCUCUUUUUUUCUCUCGUUUGUGUGUGGUUUGCCUUUUUUGCUCUUGUUCCUUUGGGGGUCUCACUUCAUUUGUGUUACAUAACAAUAGACACAAAAUAACACGGAUACUGGUAGCAGCAUAGAAUGAACGAUUUAAUAGGCUAUAAAUGAUAUGAGUAUGGAGUGCAACUCCUUGGCUUCAUGUGAGGCUUCUCAGGGUUUGGGUCUCCAUGGUAACAAAUAAGAGCCUCCCUCGGAGCCUGUCAGAGCUUUAAAAAAAGCCGAUGAGGAGUGUGUGUGUGUGUGUAGGAAGUGAGAUAAAUAGGGUAGAGAGGUACCUUCAUUUUUCCCCCACAAUUACCCAUGACUCAGUUCAAUUCAAAUGAGCUUUAUUGGCGUGAAAGUCAGAGCAAAAUUGCCAAAGCAUAAACAAUAUUACAAAUUGAUCAAUGUGCAAUAAUUAGUUAAUGAAAUAUUUAUGUUUGUGUGAUACUGUAGUACUCAUUGUCCCUCUUUUCUGUCUUUUUCUGUCUUUUCUGACCACCUUUGAGGUUGAAGUUUUUGCCUCAAUAAGUGAGGGAUUAUUUGUUAUCAGAAAAGCUUGUAUUGAUCACAGGAAUUUAGAGAACAUGGUCUCUCACUCCUCAUUGUGUGCCAUCCUCAUCGGCUCAUUUGUCAAAUGGUAAAAUGUCAUGUCUGGGCAUGAGUGGGUUCUCAAGUAGGGCAGCGAAACAGGAGGACCACUUGACCACAGCUUAAUGAAAUUCAUUGCUUUGAUAUGAUGUUUGGAUUUGAUGCAACAUGUCCUGUUUAUGAGAAUAGAAAUGAGCAAAAGUGCAGGCAAACAUGUGCAGAUAAAUAUGGAGGAGGCUGCUGCUUCAUCAGUAUUCUGUAAGAAGAGGCAAUCAUCGGCUCCAAGUCCUGACCAUCAUCAGUCACCAUCAACUGACCCGCUCUGCCCCCCCAGGCAACCAGUCCUCAUUACACAUAAACACAACGCACGCACACACACUCUGACAUCACACACAUGUUGAUAAGUGAAUUAAUUGGAUUGGGUUUUGGAGAUGAGGAUAAAAUCCCCCAAAAGCUGCAGCUUCUGAAGGUCAAAACUCUAAAACAUGAAGCACAAGCAAAACUUAGCUCGGAUUAGCUAGAUAGCUUCUCCUCUCGAUCGCCUAAAACUUUGGGAAUAAAGGAAUAUUUCUGAAAAUGUCACAAUAUGGUUCAUUCAAAAUAAUCAAAUAUCUCCCGUCAGUAGAAGAGACUCUUUGAUAUACUGCUGUCGGAUGUUUAUACAGUAUGUCUGGAUAAAAUGAGCAUAAGCAAAACAGCAAUGAGGGAUGACAAACAGGACGACUGACUGCUGAGGUUUUGUUAUUAACAAGGUUGUGGUUUUUGCCGAUGAGGACUGACCUCAUGUUAGAGUAAUCGUUCAUACUGUUUAUACUGUAUCCAGCCCAGGAGAGGAUUUGAAAUGUGCAAAGGCAUGUUUAGAGAUAACGCUGACUGCGACCUCUUUAAGCAGAAAUAGACCCCAAGAGAAGCAGCUCUGUGGGCAUAAUCAGCUUUUUUACACAGGUGAUGUUGUUAUUGAAGGUGGAGCGAAAAAGCAAAGUAGAGGAGUGUUUAUGAAGUAGGACAACUCUGUUGGGGGGAAUAAAGAUGCAUGUGGGAAAAACACAUCAGCAAGAACAGAUAGUAGGAUGUGCUGUUGAACUUUCUGGGUCAGUCUGGGAAAAACUGACUGAACUAACUUUCCUUCAUAAUGUAAACUUCGGGCCGUUAUGCUCACAGGAUCAGGAAGCUUUUUGACUCUUUUUUUUCACACUUUAUGUCUGUUUUGAAAUUCUGUGCUGAUACAAUAAACUUAUACACACUCUCCUCUACAAAAGAUGCCAUAGUAUGAAGGCUUUUCUGCUAAUACUUAACUUGAAAGGUGAAAAAUACAAAACAAACCUCCAAGGUUUUACUAAAACAAGCUGUAGAGGUGAAUGACACUUGUGUCAUGCACAGGAUUAAUGAAGUAAUGGUGGAUAAAUGCUAGAAUCUACGAGGUCAUUGUGAGCAGUUUUGGCUGUUUUCCAUUGAAGCUUCAAAAUAGAUCAAGGUCCAGAAAAGCUCAAAUAAACUGAAUGUACUGCAAGCCUGAGGUGCAAACCUAAGGUGCAAACCUAAGUCUUAAUACCAUUACACCAUUGUACAACCAAAUAUUGAUCCAAAGCACAGCUAGAUCUUGUUGCCCUGUGUGUUAACUGUUUUAUUUUACUGCAUCUUUUUGACCCUUGUGAUAGAUGCCCUAUUUCAAUUUUUAUCAAUUAUUUUACCUAACAACCACUGCUGGUCUCAGAUACGUGUAGACAGCAAACAGACAGAUAGAGGGAAAACAAGCAUGAGUGAAGGACUUGCAUUCUAGCUAUGCCUUCCAAUUUAUGUGAAAGCAUGUUUUAAAAAUCUAAUUGUUGUAAUAUAACCCCACUGACGUGAGAAGUAAUUUUAGCCCUGUACCUAUCCAGGGUGUUGUAUUGAUUAAUUUGGCAUCAUCUUUUGUCAGUGUUGCACUUUGUGGUGCAAUAAAGUUCCUGCAAACCCAAGUAAUGGCCGGCUGUGUAGAGAAGCUUUUUAUUUACAAGCCAAAAAGAAUAAGGCUUGAUUGAUUAUACUGGGGGAAAGCGACUGCCAACACAAAAUUAAUAUUUGGACUUGUUAGGUCGGUUCAGCUUAUAUUAGAUGUAAAAUAAUAUUUCACCUCGAAAUGUGAGGUUGAAAUAUUGAUUUAAUACUUUCAUAUUUAGCAAAAAUCAGAUGGAGAUCUAAAAACACAACUUUUUCAAAUGUAAAUAUGAGUGUUUGUCCUUUCAGCUGGAAGAAAUACAACAAAUGAUGAACUGGAGAGCAUGUUGGAGAGUGACAACCCAGCUAUCUUCACUUCAGGGGUGAGCAGGUGACAACUACUGCAACUUUUUUGACUAAUUAUACUUUGGACUAAACCUUUCUUUCUGUUUAACUUUCUAGAUCAUUAUGGACAACAUCACAGAGCAAGCUAUGAAUGAGAUUGAGACGCGACACAAUGAGAUCAUCAAGCUGGAAAACAGCAUCAGAGAGCUUCAUGACAUGUUCAUGGAUAUGGCCAUGCUGGUGGAGAGCCAGGUGAAAACUAUGAUCUUUUUAAGGACCCACAACUUUCUGGAUCGAGAAAUUUGAUCAGCAGGUUUUAAAUCACUCAUUAGGGUUAGACUAAUUGUCAAUCUGUCUGCCAACAUGGGGGGAAAAGUGUUUUUAAGGUGUUAAAGGAAAGUUUUUAGAUUCAAAAUGACUUCCUGUUGGUAGUUGAAAGUGUGCCCUGACUCUUUCCAAAGUUUAGCUGCACAGUGUUCACAAAGUAAAAUCAUUAACCAGCAAGUAUACUGCAGCAGCUGUGUCUCCACCAGAAGCUGCUAGCUCCGUAAUCCUGUCUUGUAAUAACAUACAAGUUUCAGAUUGUAUUAGUUUAGAUACUGGCCUUUCUAUGCCAACAGAGUUGGAAGGAAUCUGUGUUUCCAGCUCCAUCUGCUUGUCUGUUUGCAAAAUAACUCAGUCAAAUCAAACAGAAUUUGGGACACAGAUACUAAGUGGCUCAAAGAUCAGUUGAUUGAAACUUGUGGUAAUCUGUGAUUGGGAUUUCUGCCACUGGACCUUUAUUUUUACAAAAUUAUCAUGAGCUGAAAGGAACAUCUGACACCUGGGACUUUCAAGUUGGCAGCUUAACUUCAUCGCACUAAUUUGCAGUUCUGCAAGACCAUUCAAGAAUAAAAUAAACAGUACAGAAGAAUUGGCCGUAAAAAUUGAAGAUUGUCCAGAGUUCCCUGAGGUUUAUAAUCAAUUUGAGUCAGAGAUAUAAAUCUGCAGGAGAAAAGAGAGGCUUUACAUACGUCCUAAUGCAGAACUUGAACCAUUUAGCGAUCAUUAAUGUUACAUGCUUUUCCUUUAGUGCUGUAUAUAACUUCCCUGAUGCCAUAUAUAUGCAUCAAGCGCAAGUGUGUCCUUUUACAUUAAUUACUAAGCUUCAGGUGAAUCUGUAGGCUCUCCCUAUAUGUGUGAGUGCUGGUGUGUGCGGGCUGAACCCCCACAGAGAUUAACCGUUUCCCUCAUCAGAUACACUCAGUCUGAAUUAUGCAAAAGGGAAUCUGAGCUCAGCAAUAAGCAAACAUGAUGAUUGUUGAAUUUGAAGGAAAUUGUGGCAUGAGAGUGAUUUGAAUUGGAAAGACAGCAUGCUGGAAUAGAUUAAUCCCCCUAUAAUUUGGAUGUGGGUGUGAAAUUUGUUAAAAUGUCUAAUAAUACAGCAGUUAGUUUUGUGAGUCUUUUAUUGUCUUGUCAGGCAUUAAUCCCACAGCUCUGAAUGGAAUGAUCGACUGUGCUAACCCUCUUUAUUAACUGUGUGCCAAAUCAUUUAACAUGAUACUCGAGUCUGUUGGUUAAUUUUGCAUUUCUCAGAAUUGCACUCUUUUCCCUCUUUUUUCCUCCUCCACAACACAAUACUGUCAUCAACACAACGUUUCUAAGCUCUAGAGAACAGAGAAGAGCACUCCCAGUUUAAAAAAGCGAGGUAAUCCACCUGUGAUUUCUCUUUUAUUUGAAGAUCCUUGUUGAAGUGCAUGUGUUGAGAUGAUAAUCUUUGAUUUACCUCAGUAUUCACUUUCAUGCAAAAAGGUUAAUUAUUGUUAAUAAGCAGCCUUGUGUCAAAGCUAAAAUAGUAAUCAUUGGCCUUUUGUUCAUUUUUAACUUUUCCAAGAUUUCAGAAAAUAUGAAGCCAAAUUUGAAGUAACUGAGUAAUCCUUUCUUUGUGUAGGGUGCCCUCGUGAACAACAUUGAGCACAUUGUGCAGGAAGCUCAGGAACACAUAGAUCAGGCGAAGGAGACCAUCCCAAAAUGCAAAAAGUUCAAAAAGACCAGCAAACGGGUGAGACAGGAGAUGAUCUGACUACGAUAUCACUCAACUUUUCUUGUCUCCUCUUUCUCCUUUUCCUCUCCUCUUAUGUCCUUCUCACUCGCCUAUCAUUCAUUCCCUUCUUCUCCAUCUGUACCUACUCCUCCUCUGUACAUCCACACCUGGCUCCAUCUCUCUUCCUCCUGUCUGUAUAUCAUCCACACCUCCUCUGUAACUGACCUCUCCCAGGGGGAAAUGAUAGACCGCAUAGAGUACAAUGUGGAGCACUCGGUAGACUAUGUGGAGAGGGCGGUAUCAGACACUAAGAAGGCAGUUAAAUACCAGAGUAAAGCCCGAAGGGUGAGUCACAGUGCAAAAAAAAAAAAAAUGCAUCCUCAAAAAUAUAUGCUAACACUUAAGGAAGUGAUAAGCAUAGCAUGUGUGUACUGCCGUUGUGGUGUGAAGUAAAUGUGUAUGCAUGCUUACCUGCCAUGAAUUUUGCAUGAGAGGCAUAUGUGUCCUGACAGUAUUUGAUGUGUUAUAAAGCAGUGAUUUUCACAUGUGCGCGUGUACCUCAGGGAUUCAGCAGCAGGGCGUCUAUACGGUAUAUAAACUUACAAACACAAUAAUAGACACAUAUGGAAUUACAUUAAUGGGGCUGAUUCUUAUUAUACUGACUGAUGAGGAAAAUACAACCUGACUAUAUAGGACACAGAUCAGCCAGUCUGUUUGUAAAAGCUAAAGAGCCAACAGAGUUUAAAAAGAUAUUUAAAGCUGAUAAACUCUUUAAAGGGAUAUUCUGGUGUAAAAUUAAUUUGGGUCAAACGCACUGUAACACAGAGUUAGACACGGCCUCGAGAGAUUAAUAUUGCCGACUGUUUGCUUCUCUAGUUAUACCAUCUUUAGUAACGACCGCAUGUUAGCAAUACACAGUGGUCUGAGGAGCCAUAAACAAACCUCAACCAAAACGCCACUCUAUAGCCACAAAUAAUGCUCAGAACAGCACCUAACUUCAUCAACAGUACAUAAAGGGUCCCAGCCAUAGUCCUAGCCACCAAACAUCUUUUUAACUUUGCCUAAUUUCUUUGGCAAAGAGACUUAACACAACUCACCAUUAUGGACUACAGCGGGGUGACGCAGCUCAAGGAAGAACAUUUAUGAUCAUUUCUUUAUCAUUUCCUUGAAGUGAUAAUCACCAUAUUAAACAUUUUGUGCUGCAGAUGCAGUAGUUCUUCUGCCUUCGCGUCUCGGUCUGAUUGCAUUUCCGUGAAGAAUUGAUGGAAUAUCCCUUUAAGUGUCCACAAGGCUGAACGCAAAAGCCAAAAAUCCCAACUGGGUCUCAUGUUAACACUGACAUGUCGAUAUACUGAAGCUGUUUGCCAGUGGGACAGUCUGCCUAAACCCCACCUUUUUGCCUUUGUAGAGGUUAACUCAAAGUUAGUUUAAAUCAGCAUUUCCACUGUGGAUAUAAAACCAUAGUGGGGCUUCAUGGUGUCUCUCCAGAAACCAGUUGGUGACAUUAUUUUUACACAGUGUAGGCCAGGCUGGCAGAUUCAACUAUUUUCAGCCUUUGCCAUGCAGUUAUGAGUGUCAUCCAAAAUUUGACCAGUUAAAAAAUGGUGCUUAUUCUGUCAAUCGCACACCAACCACAAAUUUGAAGAAAUCUGUUGAAAAAGGGCAAAAAAUAUGUUUUCAGUUUGCCAUAUCUUUUAUGAAAAAAGUCAUUCGCAUUAAAUAACACCCAAUUUUAAAGUCACCCAAAAGAAAAAAGUGCUGUCGCGGUGGUAUCCAUGACGCCCCCUCCUCAAGAAGCAGUUUUGGAGCCUGUUUAGUGAGUUUCAAGCCUCUUCAGCAGUCAGUCAAGUCAGCCAUACCUUCAGUUUACCGAACUGUCAUCCUGAUACCUUCAAAACUGUAGCUAUAAUCCCCCCACUCGUACACUCAUACUCACACCGUGUAUUCAAUCCAAAAUCCUUUUUCUGUGCCAGGCUGUAAACACAUUUUGUCUCCUGUAAAGAUAAGCUCCCUUGAAUGGGUAAGUAUGUGUUUUCUGGUGCUUUUGGAGCCAGCCCCAGGCAGACACCUGAAGAAGUGCAGUUUUUGGCACUUAAACUCAGGCUUCAUUUCUCAAGCCCGGAGGUUGCUGCUUGGUUAAGACCUCUGUACUAUCAUGGAACAACUCUGCCACCUCUUGGUGUGUCUCUGUAACAGCAUUGAAGGGAAGGUUUUUGGGCAUCAUCAAAUUCAGAUUUCUCUUCAAGGGUCAUCUUCCUGAAUAUUCCCCCACCUCAAAGACAACAGCAAUGCUUUUUUUCUUCUCUGUCUCUGCAUUUCUUUCUCUCCCUUGCUGCUGCUCUCUGCUGUUUCUGAUAGAUCAUGCCAGUGCACACAAAAUCAUUAUCUGACGCUUUGUUCUCUUUUUCUUGACCCCAUCCAGAAGGUGAUCCUGAUAGGAGGUUGUGUAGCAGUGUGUCUGACCAUCCUCACUAUUGCUCUCUCAAUUGGACUCAGUUAGGGUUUACUGAACCCUUACACAGCACACAGAGCCUCCUUUUGAGGUCUAUUUCAGCACUGAAGUGUCCUAUACAUUGUUUUUUUUUUACCUUAGAUUUUAAUGACUAUAUUUUUCCAAGUGGAACAGUUUUAUACCUUUUUGAACCAGCUUGUGCAUCAGUCUGUUUGGGUUAUGAUUAAACAUUUGGAUGUGCAUGUUCUGCAGCCUGCUGUUGUAGAGCUUUGCAUGUGUGUUUGCAUAGAUAAAGCCAUGUUAAUUAAUCAUGAAAUAAAUGUGUUGAAUUAAAUAUAAAACAUGUUUUAAAGUGCACAUCCUUCCACAAAGAGUAAAUUCACAUACUUACAGAUAUGUCUAAACCUGUAAUUCCUUGUCCUGGGUGUUCUGUAUAACCAUUGCCUGAUAUUUACAUGGAGCAAAUACUAAAGGAACAUCAAUUCUGUUAUAUUACAAUGAUCUGUAACUCUGCAAGUGUCAAAAUAUUCAUUAACAGAGACUAGACGUUUGGAUGAUCAUACUUGCUGGGAAUGAACAUACCGGGAAGAAUGUGUGACAGAGAGACAUGUCUUACAUAUUAAUUAUCAAACGUCAGUGUGUGAACUAUCAUGGAAAAAUCGAACUUUAAUACAUUAACACUUUUACACACCCACCAAUCAGCCAGAACAUCAUGAUCUUACAUCAUGAAAGUCCAAAGUUCAGGGCCCUUCAUGCAACAAAGUUGACUUGAUGUUUUGACUCCUCUCUAUCAGAGCAAGCUUGAACCUUUUUCACUUUUUGAGCAACAGGAGCUCUUUUGAUGGGGCCAGACUUUGCUCCCUUUUAUAGAUGCCCUAAUAAGAAAAGAUAAGAUAUUCCUUUAUUGGUCCCCCAGGGGGAAAUUCCAAAUUACAGCAACAUAAAUACAAGUACAAAAAGAGAAAUUAAAGGAUAAAGAAACUUAGAGUUAAAAAAAAGGUAUAAACAUGAGUCUUAUUUACUAUAUACAUGUGUACAGGAUAUACAUAUAAAGAGCUCCUCAGUGCAGUGAGUGUGUGUUGGAGGGGGUGAGAGUUUCUGUCAAGCAUGGAGGACAGCUUGGCUGUGAUCCUCCUCUCCCCAACCUCCUCCAUUAAAAACAACUCACUUUUUUCCUACUUUGAGUCAACAAAAAGGCUCACUAGCUACCAAACAAAUAUUCCCCGCCCCAACUGCCACUUACAGGAGCCAUUAUAACAAGAUAAUCAGCCUACUUCACCUAGGAGUGGUCAUAGUGUGAUGGCUUUAUUUGUUUGUCUAUUGUUUAAAGUCUAGUCACUUGUUUCAGGAAAAGGCUUCAAAUGGACAGAGUUGCUUUCUUUCAUAUCAGCCUUUUUCAGGUUGCCACAAAAUGGCACCAUAAUUGAGGCUUCACACAGUGGCUUUUGAUAUGAAAACAGCUGUUAGCAUUUGUUGUGUACUUUGGUGAGAACAAAAUGCAGGAAAUCGACUUAAUGUAGAAGAUUCAGAAACGCUCAUAGACUUCAGUAAAACUUCAUCAAAAUCUUCACAGGCAAAGGUAUUUUUUAUACAUUUUUAACUGCAUUUUGUUCUCAUCACUAUAUCCUGUAACACAGAGUAAAACUAACAUUUCUAACAUGUUGUCCUCUGCUUUCUUUGCUGCCCUGGAAAACUGUAGAAGAAGAUUAUGAUCAUUAUAUGCUGUGUGAUUCUGGGAAUUGUUGUUGCUUCCAUUGUUGGGGGAACGCUGUCCUAAACCUCAACCACAACCACACUGACAGACACACAGCCACACCCACAUGAUAGAUUUACAUUAUCAGUGUCCUGUUUUCAUGGAUGCAAUCUAUAAAAUGUCAGCACGAGGUGUGCCGCAUCCUGUACGACAUAUUUUACACACAGCGCACAGGGCCAGGAGUGUUUCCUUCCGCAUGAGUUGCUAUUUUGUAAACGUGUGGUGCUGCAAACUGUUUAUCUGAGUGUUGAUUAUUGUCAACAGUAUGAUGUUUCUAAAGUGGUUUCUUGAAUGACAAAGAUGCUAAAAUGUAUGUAACACUAUACUAAUACAUUCCAUCUUCCAAAUAUGAUGCUUAUUCGGUUGUAAUGUUUAUUUUGUGUUGUACAGGUAAAGUGAAAGGCCGCUAAUCUGCUGUGAUAUUGAAGCCACAUUAUCCAGAAAAUUAUGUUUCCUCUUCAGUUUACCUUCUUUUUUUUUUACUUCUUCUCUCUGUUGUCUACCUCCUUUAUGAAGGUCUGCAUGAUUUUGUUUGCUGUAAAAAAAAGUAGUUUUGUUCUUUUUUGUAGCAAAGAGGGGGAAAAGAUAUAACCAAUGAUUUAUCAGAAAAUCACACUGCCAAACUGUUUGUAUUUUUUUGUGGUUUACAACAGCAGCACCACUGUACUUUACCACAUUAUCUGGCCUUACUGGCUGUGCAGCAUUCCUGAUUGUUUGCUCCAGUGUUGGGUUUGAGUGUGUGCAUGCACUGAUAUGAAAGAAGAAAUGUGUUAACUUGUAGCUUCAUGUUUGAGUGUGAAUGAAUGAGUUGUGAAAUGAGAACAUGAGUGCUUGUUAAUAGCCACCUGUGUCUCUGUUUUGUAUAAAGUGCAAACCAAUAUAAAGCUCUUUAACACUGCCAAUAUGUUCAAAUACGAUGUUAUAAUGGAGUCUAGUCUGGUUAGAUUGGUUAUUUAGGCCUGUGAGUGACAAUACUUUGUUGUUUUCUGUCUUUUUAUAAGCUCCUAACAGAGUGCAUUAUUAAGUCAUGCUACUUACGUGUUUAUUUUUUGAGAGUGAACUUGAAGAGUUAGUGAAAGCAUGAACUCAUGUAGCCCUCUAACAGAUUCCCAGAUCAGUUUUCUGGCAACACAUCAGACAUGCACAGACUGCAACCAUGUUACCAUGUUGCCUACUCAAAUUGUUGCCUUUGUGUUGUGAUGUGAUGACACUGUUUUAUAAGUCUGAUUUCACUUUGUUUCUGUUUUGCUUUUUCAAGUAAAGUUUGUCUGAGAAGUACCCCAGAAA